GUGCUCAUUUGUACUCACCUGAACAAGUUAGACACAGACAAAAAUACCUCCAGCCUCGGGGAAACCAGGAGAAAAAACUUUAGCCUGGCCCCAGGAGCAGCAGCGAGGAUCCACACCAGAUCUACAGGAAAAUACCCUUUUAAAGUUCAAGAUGUGACACCAGUCAGGUAAGGGAAUUUGAUCUUGUCUCUAAGUUACGAUACAAGGAGGGAAACUGCUCUGUUGCAACAUUCCUGGGAGAAGAAUAGGAGAGAAGGAGAAAGAGGGAGAGAGGCUCCCGUGGGGCCUUGUACAGGAAUUCCAGCUGAGCUGUGUCACAUUUAAUCAAGACUGUAAUGGGGUCUGACAGGCAAUUACGGGAGAAGAAAAGGACCCACCAUUUUAAAAUGUAGAGUGAAGUUCAUUACUUUUUUUUAAUCUUGCUAUCGAGUGACUAAUAACUCUGGACUUGGGUUUGAUCUUUGUUGUUGUGGAUAUAUCCUGUAAAGGUCUUAUGGCGUGCUGGAUUUGUUUCUUAGCGUUCCUCUCUGCCAGGGGCAUCAGGUGGGUCCUCGUCUCAUCUACCUUGAAGAAAAUUGGCAGUCGGGAAUAAGUCACAACCUUUGUCUUUCCGUGUAGUAGCUACGCUGCUUGAGCUCAGCCUCCUGUUAGCAAAGAUUUGUACAAGAAAGGAGUCGGAUCUAAUGAUAAACAAGUUUCCUGGGACUAAUGCAGUGUUUGAAAAGUUUGGGUCCGGUAGUUGCUAAGUAGAUCCCUUGUCAGCCUCUUGUCCCUAGACAGGACCUGAAGUUGAGGCCUGCCUGAUCCCCACAUCAAAGUGGAUUUCUUCCUACUGGGCAGCAGCUUCUGGCCCCAACUGAAGGGGCUGCUGAGGACAACAGCCUCAGGUCAAAUGGACUGUCUGAACUCUGGACUUCUUCCCUUGUUUCGUUUGUGAACAUCUUAUGACUUUUAUGGUAUGCAAAGGUGAUUACUGCAGUGACAAAGAGGCAAGGGGUUCAUCCCACCCCAUAUACUCACAACCACCGUGAGAUAAACAUAAAGUGCAGUUUAUGGUUUCUAAGGUAUUCUGGUUUCAAAGAAUGGAUCCCCAAGCCACCGUGGAAGAGAGAGAUCCGUGUGCUUGACCUUUGUUGGCUGUUGAAGUAUAGAGAUACAAGCAUUUGAUAGGUGACAUCUGAAGGGGCCAUUCAGAAAGAAUAGCUUUGGGGGAAACCCGGGAUGUUCGGCAGCUGAAUUGCACCGAGAUGUUGGAGGGCUAUUCCAGAAAUUUAGCUUGAUCCAGCAAGAGAGAAUUGAGUGUGCAGGCAUUGCACAUCUGUAUUUCGAAGUUCAUCCAGCUUCUCUUAAAUUGAAAAAUGCAUCUGGCAAUGCAGGCAGAUACAUUUUUCUCCAAUCUAAGGCCAGUUGCUGUAACCAACGCACAAAACCAGUGAUUAAUUGCAGCCAGUGUAUAUUAUUUUUAGCACUAAAUAUGCACUUUUCAUUCACUUCCCCUGUAGAAUUCAUGCCAUCAUGGCUGAUGAGUGAUACAAGGCAUCACUUUGUGCCUGUCAUUUUGUGAAUUUUAGAAAACGUGUAUUAUAUAUAUAUAUAUAUAUAUAUAUAUAUGGGUUCCACCUGAACUGGAUACACACACAGUAGUGAACUGCUGCAUGUGCAGUGCUUGACAUUAAGAAGACAGUAUUGUGCAUGUGUAGGUCCUACAUGUGAUCUAAUAAUAAUAAUAAUAAUUUAUUAUUUAUACCCCGCCCAUCUGGCUGAGUUUCCCCAGCCACUCUGGGCAGCUUCCAAUCAAGUGUUAAAAACAAUACAGCAUUAAAUAUUAAAAGCUUCCCUAAACAGGGCUGCCUUCAGAUGUCUUUUAAAAAGAAGAUAGCUGCUUAUUUCCUUCACAUCUGAAGGGAGGGCAUUCCACAGGGCGGGCGCCACUACCAAGAAGGCCCUCUGCCUGGUUCCCUGUAACCUCACUUCUCGCAAUGAGGGAACCGCCAGAAGGCCCUCGGUGCUGGAUCUCAGUGUCCGGGCUGAACGAUGGGGGUGGAGAUGCUCCUUCAGGUAUACAGGACCGAGGCCUGUAUCUGUUAGAGGGAGACCCAAUCUAGUCACCUUCAGUGAACAUCUCUCCUGGUAAAAAGAAAAGAAAUGGCAAACUUAAGUCCAGUUGUCUACCACAGCAUAAAGAGUCCUCCAUCCAUCAUAUGUAGAUAGGAUAUGAUGCACUGGGACUCAGUUGACUGGACAUAAUUUACUGGUCGGCCCUUUGUCAAAACUAAAUGGGUAACCCAGUUAUAGAUAGCAUGGUUCAUCCUUCAGUAAUGAGUAAGAAUGAUGGCUUUGGUGGGAACUAAAAACACUGAGAUAACCAAAAAGUUGCAGAUGUUUGCACCAGUUGUUUCUCAAAUUAUGUAAGGCGUUAUUCAAUUUAAAAUGUUUUAUUUUUGUUACCAUGCAUUACUGAUCCAAUUUUGUCAUGUUAUCUUACAUGGCAAAAUGUGUUAAUUGACUGAUGUGUAUUUAGCAAAUUACGUCCCUGCAUUCCUCCUUUCCUACACGGUGUCAUUAGCUGCUGGGGGCAGAAUAGCACCCAAUGUUCUGAGAGGGGAGAGGGGACACCUUGGUGCAGGUCUGUGUUUACCGGAAACGUGGACUGGCCCUGAAAUGCGUAGUACCAGCCUGAGUAAAUUUACUUAUAUUUGCCACAGGCCUUGGCGAUAAAUCCUACCAUUUCUUUCAUUCCUAUGUCCCCCAUAAUAAAAUGCAUUUCUGCUCGUAUUCAGGUUCAUUUCAUAGCUGUGCUUCAUUCCAUAUUUAGUGCAAUAGGAAAGAAUUUCCCCUCCAUCAUGUCUAGUACAAAUGUCCUAAUACGAUAUUCUGCGUUCCCCCAUCUUGGCUCUGUAUCAGUGACUGCAGCUAGUUGCGUAUCAAGGUCCCCCAAGCCACCCCUAAAUAAAUCACAAUUCACACAGAAUGUUUGUUUUUGGCAUAAAUUUGGCUGUAUUCAAAUACAUAAAUGUGAGUGGUUGCUUAGGCAUUGGUUCCGAGAUCUGUCCCCGCCCCAGGACAGAACUGACUUCCGGAUUCCAGCGAAAGACAGUAAGGGAAAACAAUAUUGGGGAGAGCAUGGAGCCAGGCACCAGACCCUCACCCCCACUCAUGCUCCCUGGGGCUUGCACGGCCCUAAGCCCCCUGCAGGGGUAUGGACGAAAGAAUGGAAAGCCCCUGGAUUCCUUUAAUGGAAUUCCCUUUCCGCAGCAGCACUGGAGGGGCAGGCACCGCCAAUCCUUACCCCUCCACCAACCAGUUUUUAAACCAAUGCCUAACCUCAACCUUACAAGUUGUGAUGAUUUGCUACGCAGUAGGCAAAAACCAAAUGGCACCAGCCAGUCAGCCAAAUGGACAAAAUUCCUACCAGGCCCCUGCCCCAAAAGCAGACAACCCCAUGACAGGCAUAGCAAGGUCAACUCAAUAGCCCUAAAUUAGGGAGGGUGGGCGGGUGAUCCGAUGCACACAGCAAAAGAGCCCAGUCAGUGCUGCGUGACCUGAUUAUAUAACCUUUGGUCCGUCCCCCUAAAUGGCAACACCAAGAUUUCCCCAGUAACCCAACCGCCCAAUCACUGCGGAUGGUCAUCCAAACUAUCCCGCCCAGCAACAGAGGGGUGGCCUGUCAGACCCCACCACAACACGUGCUCUCCAUGAAGAAGAACACACUUUGCAGAACAUGUGGCAUCAGGUUAUCCCAUGUUGGUCUUCUUCAACUUUGGGUUCCCAGAGAUUGGAAUGCAACUCCCACAAUGCCCAGCCAGUUGAGGCAAUGAACGAGAGUUGUAGUCCAACAGCAUGUGGAGACCCAGAGUUGAAUUACACUGUCCUAGAUCAUCCUCCCCCAGCUUGGGACCCAUCAGAUGUUUUGAACUCCUGCUCCUCAUCAGCCCCACCCAGCUUGGUUGUGGAUGGAGAGAGGGAGCCAAGCGUAGGGCUGCCAUUUAUGUUCCGUGCAGAUCUGCACAAUCUGUGACUGGCCAGCCUGAAUGCGGUUCAUUAGCAGUGUGCUGUGGCUUGCUGGCUAUUUGACAUUGACCUUUUUAAAUACAGUACUGUCCCGGGAGAUUUCUGAACUCAUCGAUUCCUAAUGCCUUACAGUGGGCUUGGUGCGUCACAAGUUGCACAAGGCAGGUUUUUAGCCUAGCAUCUACUUUGGUCCUCAGAGCUGCUUUUCAGGCAUUUAAGGUCUGAAACUUGACCUGCACCAAGAGUGUAGAACUACUUGUAUACUAAUUACUUCAUGCUGCAACUGGGAUAUUGUAUGAUUGAGUGUUCCUCCAUAUCAACCCCUCAUUUUCCCCCAACCUCCCUAGCAUAUCAGGGAAAAGGCUAGACUGCAGUUCUUUUCCAUCGCAUGAAAUUUCCAAUGUAUUUUCUAUCUCUUUCUCUCUCGUUACACAGGCCUUGUGAGAGCUACUACAGCAUUGUUGCUGUUGUUGUUAAAUUUGUAUACCGUUCUUCAUUCGAAGAUCUCAGGGCAGUUCACAGCAUAAAAAUACAAGAAAAAAACACAAAAUACAUGUUGUGUCAAAAAUCAAAAUGCACCUGCUGGUCUAAGAAGGUUGGCAACCCAUGCUCCUCUCCAGUGAUGUUUUGCAACUUGCAAAUUCUUUUUUGUAUUCAAGGAAGGUUUCUCUGAAUAAACAGGCUGCUUAAUGCUCCUAUCACUUUUGGUUGGCUUCACAACCAAUACUGCAGUCUUUCUAACCCCAACGCACGUUUCUAAUUCACGUGCUGCUGGGGUGAAAGAUCUGAAGCUGCGGCCAAUCCAUUUGUCUCAUUCACACAUUACAUUUUAAGUGUUCAUGUACAACAUCCUAGGUGUAAGCCUAAACUGCAAUGUUUGGAGUAGUAACUCUUUAGUCGGUGGCUCUUGUCCUCCAAACUGAAUGAGCCAAACUUACCAGACAAUCGUACACAAGACAUGAAUCCCUUUGCUCCAAAAAGGAUGCCUGUCUUGGGUUGAAGAUAUUGCUGUGGAUAAAUUGAGGUAUAUAAGCAAGAAUACAGCUAAUAUAAAGACUUAAACUGCAAAAGGAGUGUAUUUUUAACUUUGCAACAAAAUUGAAUAUUUUUGCAUUUCACUGAAAAUUGUGUUACCCAUAGGUUGCCCCUGAUUUCUUGGCUAGUCUAUUUUAACAGAGAGCUGAAGUCCUCGGUGACUUCAGUCCUCUGCACUCUUAAUUUGAGAGUAAGUCCUAUCGAAGUUGGAGACUCUUCUUUCCAAGUAGAAAAACUAUACUUCACUUUGCUUCCAUUCACUACUUAGGAAAAUUAGAGCAAGGAAUGAAUCCUGGUAGAUAUUUAUCUUUGCAGAGAAAUACUGCUUCAUUUUCUUUUUUUAAAAAUCCUUUAGGAGCCUCUGAAUGCAUGAACAGGAUAGGAAUGAAACAGGGUGUCUCCAGAUUGUCACUAUUUUGCGGGAGGGAGUUAAACACAUACUGUAAGUUUGGGUCAGCACAUCUGACUCAAGGGCUUUGUCAUCCAAGUACAAUGCCCACUUUAAAAAAAGAACCUGACUUUUCGAAGUUUGGAAAGUGAUCAGGAAAUGCACUGAAAAGUGUGGGAUAAAGGAAUGAUUAAUAGGAAGACAUAUAAACACCUUGCAAGCAAAUUACGAUUAAUACAGGAUGAAUGCUCAUAGUUUGUAUAACCUCAUCACAAACAAAUCAGAAUGAGUGCUCAAUAAAUAGAUUGUUAGGGGGAACCCAUAGUUGCUAAUGAAUAGCCCUUACUACAUUGCCCAAAGGUGAAGGCAGACUGGUAGAGCAGUGGGUAUAGCUGGGAAGCGCCCUCACUGGGUUCAGUGAAAACAUAAUGUUUUCACCUCUGGCACAUGGUUUGAAGAACUCCGCUGUGCAGCUUUCGGUUUGUCUCCAUGGCAAAAAGCUGGAUAUGGAUGUUUCUCAUUAGUUGCUAGUGUUUUUCAUGACAACAGAGCCAACCUCCAAUACUUGAAAGUUUAAAAAUUAAAUAUAAUUACCAUUCAAAACACAACCCAGCCAGUUGGACGGGUUAUAAAUAAUAAAUUGUUAUUGUUUUGUUAUUAUAAUUAUAUUAUAACCCAAGUCCAAAACAUUCGGUUCAGCAAGUAUGAUCCUCAAAGGCUCUUGAGGCCAUGUUCAAUGCUUGCCUGAGUGGAUUGCCAUAGCCUAGGCUUUCUCAACCUCGGCCCUCCAGAUGUUUUUGGCCUACAAUUCCCAUGAUCCCUAGCUAGCAGGACCAGUGGUCAGGGAUGAUGGGAACUGUAGUCUCAAAAGAUCUGGAGGGCCGAGGUUGAGGAAGCCUGUCAUAGCCUCAGCCUUUAUUCUAUCUUGCCAUUCUACUUAAGGCUGCCAUCUGCCUGGGAAAAACUAACCUGACCUAAAUUUUACGUGUUCAUCUAUGUAAAUAUAUGUCUUUGAGAAACUAUCACUCAGUCUGUAAUUUGCCAUUAUUAAGGAAGGUGCUGGAGUGGGUGGUGUUUUGUUAACUCUUGAGUUAACUUUGAAUCUGGCUUCCAUCAUGGCUUUGAGACAGAAACUGCCUUGGCAGAUGAUUUAUUUUAUUAUUAUUAUUUUUUUAUAAUUGAUAUUUAUUAAGUUUUCAAAGAAUAACAACAAAAAUUUCCAAAAAAAUUUGAGGAUACAAAAAACAAAAAUAGUACAUAAACAAAAAAGAAAAGAAAACCCAGCCGCAAAGAAAAAAAAAGAAAAACAGAAAAACAAAAAUAUAAAGUCCUUUACAAUCUCUAUUGACUUCCUUUCUAGACUUCCUCCUCCUCCCCUCUCUUGUUUCUUAAUUUUUGAUUUUUACAGCAAAUCCUUUCUGUUUUUUCAUAACAAUCUGUCAUUACGUUUCCUUAUUCUAUUUUCCCUCUUGUCAUAUAAAAACUUUAAGACUCAUAGCUUAUAUUCAAUAUUUACCAAAUUCUUACAUCAUUACCUUUUUACGAAUCAUUUACCAAUCCUUACUUAAGCCAUGUAAUUUCAUUCAACAUCCUUCAAACAUUUAUAAGCAUUCCCGAUAUUAAAAAAUAAAAAGGAAAAGAUAAUAAGUCAAAUUCAGUCCAGUCAGCUUCCAACCUCCCCUCCCCUGGACCCGGGAUUGUCAGUCCUUUUAACCUCAAUAAUCCGGCUCCUUAACCUGGUUGUCUCGUAUCCGAGGCCCUCAAGUCUCUUUCUUGCCCCUUUCGCCACUCUUGUUGAUGAUUCCCUUCCAGUCGUGGAUGCUCCAGCAAGAAAAUGCUUUUGACCCUUUGCAGCAAGUCCAUCCCAAACCCAUUGCCCAAGCCAGACAGCAAAUAAUACCACUUCAAAUUUCCACAAAGCUUGGAGACUUCGGCUACUCCAAUCCUCUGAUAGCCCAUCACUAGACUCGGAAGGUCCAAAUAACCAUAUGGAGGGGGGUCGAUCCAUCCCCCCAUUUCCAAAUCCGACCACAUUUCAUCUUUCCGAAUCUGGUUUGUCCCAAGUUCAUUUAUCAAGUUCAAAGGCUGAUCUUGCCCGUCCAAAGGUCCCUCCAUCUCUGAAGCCUCCGUCACUACAGCAGGUUCAUAUGCUUGUAUAGCCUUUAACUGAAUUUCAUUUGUUUGCUGCUGUGCUCUGGUAACUUCCAUCAUCAAGGUCGUCUCCUGACGCAUCUGGUCCAGCUGGGCACUUAGUUUUGAAAAACCUUCCAGGAACAAUUGUUCAAGCCUUUGUACUAGCAUUGUCCUUCAAGGUCGAAGAAAAUUCUUUCCCACGACAAUAGUCUAAUAGUCCUUCUCUUUUAAUCUCUCUGCGUUGCAAUUUCACUAAAUUCCACUAGAUGGAAAUUUUUUUUUUUUUUUUUAAGGAAUAAAAGCAACAGCAACAAUCUUUCUUUUUCCAGAAACACUUUAUCCAAAAUUCCCCCUUCCGAAUUCAAGAGGCAACAGUAGAAUCAAAAUGUUACCCUUCUUUUAACUAACUGUCGAGCUGGAUAAACUUCAGAACGUCAAUUCUGACAGCCCGCUCCUGGUUCAGGGCGGUGGAAAAUUGCUUUAUUUUAAACUCACUUCCGCAGGAUUGAAAAGUCCAAAUACAACCCCCUUCUUCUCCUGCAGUCAAAGGGGGGGUUCAGAAAUCUUAGAUGUUGAAUUCUAGUUCUCUUAGAAUUUAAUUUUCAAGCUUUAGUAUAUUUUGUCUUUGCUUUCUUCACGUAACAAAAGAAUGGAAGGCGACUUCCUGUUUAGACCUUCCCGUUCCGAGUCCCAAUUAAGUUCAAUUUCAAGUCCAAUAUUAUUUGUUUAUUCACCAGUCUUAAAAGUGGUUCAACUCUUCCAAGAUCAGGUACUCACGGAUAGAUAUUUUAGAUGCCAAAUUGUCCAGGAAAAAGGCAGCGCUCUCCGAUAACGGCAGUGCGGCUUUGCUGCACGGAGGAAGCAGUCGACUCACAGCACCACGCACCUCCCACUCCGGAGCCCGUUACCGGGCUCCUGUACAAGGGGAGAGCGCUCUCGGUGCCCGCCGAGUCCCACGUCCACAGGCUUCUUCCGCCUGUGGUUUUUAAGGGUCCCCGCUGCGCCGUAGCGGCAGGACCCAAGCCUCCGUGCAGCGGGUUCCCUUCAGUCCGAAGGGAAUUCCGCCAUUUUCCGGAGGCGCCACCCCGGAAGUCCUGCCUUGGCAGAUGAUUUAAACUGGGGAAUGGAUGGGAGGAAUGUUCUCCUUGACUUCUCAAUGGUUUCCAGUACCAUUGUGUUCUCCUUCCAGAAUAUCUCUCUGGGAUGAGGCUUGAGGGCACCGUACUGCAGUAGAUCUAAUUCAGUGUGGAUGAUGGUUCUCAAGAACCUCUCUUUCCUUUCUUGGCUACUGGCCUUUAGAGUGCCUCAAGGCUCAACUGACCCUCCAAACAUUUCAACACCUACAUGAAACCAGAGGGCAAAGUCACCAGGAGGUAUGACCUCCUGAUAAUAAAUAUGCAGAUAACUAUCUACCUCUCUUUUUCACCAUGGUGGAAAUCUUAAUCUAGGCAAGAUGUAUGUACUGUAGACCAGGAAAUCUGCCGAUCCGGAUGUGGUUGCCAGCCCCUAAAGAGCCAAGGACAGGGUUUGGGAGAUCUCCACAUUACCUUUGGGAUGUCAGGUGGUAUCAAAGGCCAGAAUCACUUUUAUCAACCCUAGUUGUUUUGCUAGCUGCAGCCUUAUUUUGAGAAGGCAGAUCUUACCUCAGUGACUCACCCAGGCUACAUUACUGCAAUGGGUUAAGCAUGGGACUCCCUUUUAAAUGAUUUGGGAACUUCAGUUGGUGCAGAAUGUGGCCACUGUAAUGCUUGUAGAAACUAGACAUUUGGAUUAUAUUUCACCCAGUCUGUGCGUGGCUGCCUGUUUAAUUCUGGCCCAGUUUAAGGUCUUGGUUUUAUGCUUUAAACAAUUUGGGGACUGGGUUAUUUGAAGGAUCACUUGCACCCAUAUGAACCUCCUGUUAUUUUAAGGUUGGCUAACUAUUUUAUAAUGUUAAUGAGAUUGUAUUAAACAACUGGUAUAUUAUUUUUAUAUGAUGAUGUAGGGAACCACCUUGUGAGAGAAGAUUCCCGGAAAAGCGAGUUUAAAAAAUAAAAAUGGAACAAAUGAAUGAAGUUGUAAGUAGGCCAUUUCUCAGUAAAAAUGUGAUGCUUAAAAUAGUUAAUAAAGGGGUGAUUCCAACCAGCAAAGCCAGUUUAAAACUAGUCUAACAACCUGGGGUAAGUACAUGGAAUAAGGGUGUAGUCAUACAUGCACCCAAAUGUUCUUUAGACAGACAGAUUAAUCUCUUCCGAUUCAACUAUGUAAGGUCACGCUAUACAAUGUCAUAGUGCAUAGAACUUGGGGACAGUUCUGGAGGACUCAUCUCUAUGGCUGGCACUCACAAGGUCGUAGAGGUGCAUAUUCAGAUGUAUAAAAUAUUGUGGCAAAAUGAAGAAGUCAUGCGUUUUCUGGAUGUGGUCUCCUCCUCCACUUGUCAGUAGCAUUGCAAAAUCGUAAUUCAUGAGUUAGCACCUUUUUGCGGUUGCACUGGUGGUCUUGUGGAAGACCACCAGGACCACUAGGUCCGGUAGAAGAGAAUUACAUUAUAAAUAUAGAACCACCUUCUCUAAUUUUCCAGUGGAGGCAGGGAGAGCUAAGGGUUUCUACUAGCUAGAGUUGAGAGGGGUUUGCUGUCAGAAUUCUCACUUGCAGAUUCCAGUGUAAAAUAUCAACUGGAUUUUCUCUGAAUAUUUCCUCAAUAUUAGAUACCUGCAUUUGCAACUGAUGUUAUAUUUUUUCAUAUUAUGGAAGAUUGCUGCCACCUCUCCAUAGAGCCUCUCCAGAUUCCUCACUAAUCACAGUUCCAAGGGUACCCCUUCUAGGCAGCAGCCUCUCUACUUUAUUUCUUGUUAUACACCUGCCUCUCUCUGUCUCUCUUGCAUCUUCCUUUCUGGGUGCCUUUAAGAGAUUCUGCCCUCCCAGGAUGCCUACCUCGCUUGAGAAGGUGGACCCAGCAGCUGGCAGGUGUGCCAUUUGCUGAGAGUGCCACCCACCCUUUCCUCCUCUGCUCUGGUACUCCUCUCUAUGGAAGAUACACCAGUUUGGCUGUCAGGAUAUGUGUGCGAAGAGAGAGAUGCAUGCAACUAAUGUAUCGAAAGCCCAGUGUGGGCAGUGGGAGAGUGCAUCUUCAGAGGUGAAGGCAAGCUGUUGGAGAGUUACAGCACCUGCUAUGGCUGUAGCGUCCGAUAUGGAAGAGCAGGCAUAGGCAAACUUGGUCCUCCAGACAUUUUGGGACUACAACUCCCAUCAUCUCCCUGACCACUGGUCCUGUUAGCUAAGGAUGAUGGCAGCUGUAGUCCCAAAACAUCUGGAGGGCCGAGUUUGCCUAUGCCUGUGAGAGAGACAAGUUCUGUUGCUGCUGAGGCAGAUGAAGGUGUUUGUUUGUGCUGCUAUAGGUGCACCAUGGCAUUCUCUCUGCACUCCUUCCACAGUCCUAGUUCUGGGCCUUUGCCUCCCUUCUCCUCAAGGGACUUGAAAUUGUCCAUAGUUGCCACAGGAUGGCAGAGUAAAUAUGAACAGUGGUUACACAAUUUUGUUGUGGCAAACAAUACUAUGCCAAUAAAUAUUUUGCUUAAGUUUUUGAAUAUCUUACGUCAUGGAACAUUAAAGCUGCAUCUAAUAAUGAAAUGAGAAUAAAACAUAUCCAUGGACCUGCAAUCCUGAAGGCCUCUUGCUAAUGUAGACUCACUCUGGAGUAAUUAUCUUUUGAGUAAACAUGGCUGAUUUUUAAAAGGCAAAUAAAUAAAAAAGUAAAAAGGUAAAGGUAAAGGUACCCCUGCCCGUACGGGCCAGUCUUGCCAGACUCUAGGGUUGUGCGCUCAUCUCACUCUAUAGGCCGAGAGCCAGCGCUGUCCGCAGACACUUCCGGGUCACGUGGCCAGCGUGACAAGCUGCAUCUGGCGAGCCAGCGCAGCACACGGAACGCCGUUUACCUUCCCGCUGUUAAGCGGUCCCUAUUUAUCUACUUGCACCCAGGGGUGCUUUCGAACUGCUAGGUUGGCAGGUGCCGGGACCGAACAACGGGAGCGCACCCCACCGCGGGGAUUCGAACCGCCGACCAUGCGAUCGGGAAGUCCUAGGCGCUGAGGUUUUACCCACAGCGCCACCCGCGUCCCUGAUGCAAAUGAAUAAAAUCUAGCCAAUAAGCAAAACAGCAAGCUGAUGGUAACUAUAUACCCAAAAAUCUGAAUGAUAUUUCAGCUUGAAUGGGAUAAGCAUCUCAUUGAUCAUUACUUAAAAGUCCAUCCCAAGUCAUUCUGCUGAAUACUGUUUUGGGACAGCUUAAUAGCUGAAUAACGUUUCAGUAGUUUGAAGGGAGAGAUGCCCUCAAAAUACUUGAGACUUAGGGAACUUCUGGAGAGCAGGGAAGUAACAAAUGAGGGGAGAGGCCAAAAACACACUCCUACUUUUGACUAGCAAAUACAAUUUCAUACAUUAGGCAAAAUAAGGUGGAACUAUGCAAGUAUCUGUAUAAUUGAUACAAGAUGCAAACUCCAUCUUUUCUUAGCGCAGAACCUGAGUAAUCUUGGUGCAUUUUUGUUUUAUUUAUUAUUUUCCUUUUUACUUAACAAAAUAUAAAUAACACUUACUAGGACAAAAUACCUCUGAGCACUUUAUUGCCAUGCAGGACACAUACAGUUCUGCUGUGUGCUCAGAUGGACGCAUGAAUUUUAAAAUGUUAACAAUGCAAGUCUCUCACAAGCAUUGUUUAUAAAGUUUUACAUCUUGCAUUGGAGGGACAAACAAUUCUAAGCUGGAAACCUCUUCUUGAGUUAGCAAUAGUCAGUAGUUGUGUCUGGAAAGGCACAUGCUCUUAAAAUCAUGCGCCUAACUUUUGUGGCUAAGUGAACACAAGUGAAAUAGACUUGCUUCAGUGUCUGAAUAAACUGUAGGCCUACUUUUUUCCCCUUUAGACAAUCUUAGCCUACCACCAAGAGCUGUCCAACUUGUUUACAAAGGCCAAUCAAAAUUUAUGAGGUCUUGACUUAAUCAACAGGCAUGGUGUAAGAACCUCAGCUAUAGAAACACGACACUGAUGGUUGCUAAAAAUGAAACCACUGCAUACACUUGCAGAGUUGCAAAGGAAUAAGGCAGUAAUUAAAUCUUAGCAAUUACACUGCAUUUCAUUUUAUAUGAGCACAUUCUUGCAACUUCGCACGAACAGCAGAUGUCCCUCUCCCCAUUAGUAAAGUGGUAAAUGAGCUGACCUUUUCAUACCUCCCCCAGCCAAAUGAUUAAAUAAAGGGGACUCUUAACAUACUUCUGUUGUGUCUCCCCCCUCACACUAGGCUUCACUGCCUGAGCCCGCUCUUUCUACUUUCCCUCCCACCAUUACAUAUUGCUGAAGUCUCUUCUCCACUUGUUGCCUGAACCUAUUAAAGGUAAAGGGACCCCCUGACCAUUAGGUCCAGUCGUGACUGACUCUGGGGUUGUGGUGCUCAUCUCGCUUUAUUGGCCGAGGGAGCCGGCAUACAGCUUCUGGGUCAUGUGGCCAGCAUGACUAAGCCGCUUCUGGCGAACCAGAGCAGCACACGGAAACGCCGUUUACCUUCCCGCCGGAGCGGUACCUAUUUAUCUACUUGCACUUUGAUGUGCUUUCGAACUGGUAGGUUGGCAGGAGCAGGGACCAAGCAUCAGGGGCUCACCCCAUGACGGGGAUUCGAACCGCUGACCUUCUGAUCGGCAAGUCCUAGGCUCUGUGGUUUAACCCACAGCACCAUAAAACGGGAUAUCAAAUCCAAACUCUUCUCCCUCUGUGUUGUGGGAGGAGGAGGGGGUCGCAACCCUGUUGGUUCUUUUGAACCUCUCAGUGGCUUCCAUGGAAACCUCCUAGAGGCACUGUACUGUGUGCCAAUGGUUUGACUCCAACUUGGAUGGAUGUUUCCAGAAGGUGCUGCUGGAUAGGAACUGCUCUAUCCCUUGGCAGUUAAGCCAUGGGCUACACAUGGGCUACACAGGGAGCCGGCAUACAGCUUCUGGGUCAUGUGGCCAGCAUGACUAAGCCGCUUCUGGCGAACCAGAGCAGCACACGGAAACGCCGUUUACCUUCCCGCCGGAGCGGUACCUAUUUAUCUACUUGCACUUUGAUGUGCUUUCGAACUGCUUGGUUGGCAGGAGCUGGGACCGAGCAAUGGGAGCUCACCCCGUUGCAGGGAUUUGAACCGCCGACCUUCUGAUCGGCAAGUCCUAGGCUCCGUGGUUUAACCCACAGCGCCACCCGCGUCUCAGAACCUAUUAAGCAACAUUAAACAUCAAUUUGCUUUUCCCACGAUUGCGAAAGAUUCCCACUGAGCACAUACUCCAUGUCAUGCACGGUCAGCACUAAGAGUAGAAUGAUGUUUAGGCUGAUAACUUCCCCAUAUUGCCUGAUGAGUUUCAGCUACUUUGCAGAGGCGCUUUCAUCUCCAGUGACGUAUCAAUGCCCAGUGAUAGGCAUCUCUUUUCAGCCAGGCAGGCAGUACCUACCUGGUUCCCAUGAUCUCAAGCACAUGCACACAUACACAGACAAGGAAAAGGUGGUUUUAUAGGUAUGGAAUAUGGUAGGGUGCUUUUUGCAAAUGUGGCUAAGGAUGGUUCAAAGCUCAGUGGUUAAAACCUUGACUCUACUGUGAGCAUCCUGGACAGCCUUUAGAGAAUCAUUCUUCUUUCACCCCGCCCCAUCCCCGCCCCCUGCAAUAGUGUCAUUUGUGAGCUGGGAUCAGUCGUGCCAAAAAUCAGGUGAAGUCAAUACAAAAUCACAUUACAAUCUGCCUUCUGGAUUCAAAAUCGCUCCCAGUACCUCAACGUCAAUGAAGUCCCCCAUCCCCAGCUCAGAAACCUUCAUGCCAAGUUUGGUGGUGGUAUAUACUGCCCCAUGCCCACAGGUUUCAGGGCAGUUCACAUGAUAAAAUCAGAAUUUAAACCACAAGGUAUAUAAUCAAAAUAAAAACAAGAACAACUCAAUGACCACCACCACCACCACCCCAUGUCAAAAAAUGGGUGAAGUCACACAAGAGUGAUGUUUCCAUCUUGAAUCAAUAUGGCGGCAGGCUUCCAAAUAUCAACAAAGAUCACCACCCGUACCUUGGGAACCUUCCUGCCAAUUCAUAUCUUGAAAGGCAGUCAAAUCUAUAGAGAACAAAUGUACAAACCAAUUUCCAAAAUAUGUUCAAUAUGUUGCCAGUAAAACUCAAGUAAAGCCUUCCACCAAGCCACCACCAAUCGAUGGCUUUAAAAGAGGAUUAGACAAAUUCAUGGAGGAGAAAGAGCUACCUUCAUAGCUAGAGGCAGCAUGGUCACUGCGAGAUCAAGAGGCUGCACUAGAUGGGCCGUGGGCCUGAUCCAGCAGGCUCUAGAUCGUAUGCUUUAUCUAGGUGAAUUAUCACAUUUUCCUGGAUUAAAAAACAUAAACAGUCGUAUGUUCCCGUAUCCACCAAGGAGAUGCCACUUCCCAAAACCAAAGUGCAAACUCGAGGUAAAUUUGAGCAAACGGUGCACCAUAAAUAGGAAACGGAGGAACAUUUGUGCCAUAAAAAAACUAGUUGUGUGGAAUGAAUGAAUUGUCUCUGACUGCCAGCAACUCUCGAGUCUCUUGGGUCCUUCCCUGUCGUGCUGCAACCUGAGUCUCUUGUACUUGGAGGUGCUGGGGGAAUUUGAAUCUGAGACACCAAAGCAUGUGUGUGGCCCUUUAAAGAAAGGGUAUUUAUGGUAUUUAUUUUUAUUUUUAAUUAGAUUUAUGUACCACCCGUCAUAGGGAUGCGGGUGGCGCUGUGGGUUAAACCACAGAGCCUAGGGCUUACCGAUCAAAAGGUUGGCGGUUCGAAUCCCCGCGACGGGGUGAGCUCCCGUUGCUCGGUCCCUGCUCCUGCCAACCUAGCAGUUUGAAAGCACAUCAAAGUGCAAGUAGAUAAAUAGGUACCACUCCAGCGGGAAGGUAAACACCAUUUCCAUGCGCUGCUCUGGUUCUCCAGAAACGGCUUAGUCAUGCUGGCCACAUGAUUGUAUGCCGGCUCCCUCGGCCAAUAAAGCAAGAUGAGCGCCGCAACCGCAGAGUCGGUCACGACUUGACCUAAUGGUCAGGGGUCCCUUUAUCUUUACCUUUUACUACCCUUCAUCUGAGGAUCACAGGGCAGUAUACUGCACAAGGAACUAUUUUAUGUUUGAAAGAGAGUGGAUGCACUUUUGAGAAAUCAAUUCUGCUUCCAAGUGGGACCAGGUUGUGCUCACGCCGCCAGGCCCCACCCCCACCUCAGCGUGGUGUGGGAUAGCGUCCCGUGUCACGCUGAAAGUGACCCGGCCACGCCAUUUGCCAGGCGGCCAAUCAGGGCACUGAGGGGGCGUGGCCAGGACCCAUUUAAACCGGGGUGCAACUCUGACAGAUCCUCUUUCAGCCUCGCACCACGAAUCUCCUGCCCUCCCACCCUCUUUUAGGUAAGGUCACUGGCCUUGCUAUGGACUUCGGUUGGUCGCCAUUGAGGGGCCUGGUAGGACUCUUUUCACUUGGCAAAUUGGCACCAGCCACUUGGUUUUUGCCUACCACGUAGCAAACGUCACAACUUUGUAAGGUUUGGAGGUUAGGCAUUGGAAUAGCGAUGUGGGGGGGGGGAGGGGAGGUGCAGCCAUCACCUGCCCCUCCAUGCAGAAGGGUAUUCCGUUAAAGGAAUCCAGGAGUGUGGAUCUUGUCCGAAGCUCAGGGAAGGGCUAGGGCCAUGCCAUGACCCCAGCGGGAGCCCAGGGGAUGCUCAAGUCGAUCCACAUUGGCAGGGCUUCCCCUGCUGGUGGUUUACCCUUACCAGACUCCCUGCAAGGCGGGCAGGAAUCAGAUAUAGUUUGUUGAUGCUGAAUGCCUAAGCCAAUACUGCUCACAUUCUAUAACCGAUAAAGUGGUGGCCUAAAUUUGCCCAAUAACAUUAACCUAAAUUCUGUGUCCUUGUGUCUUUAUUCUCCUGGGGUGGCUUGGGGUUCUUAAAGCACAACCAAACCUAUACCUUAAGAACUGCAGAUGUAUUGUUGGAAACACAAUAUUCAGCCACAGUCUAAUAAUAAAUUAAGCCCAUUGAUUAGUCCCAUUGAUUGCAGUGGGGAAAGGUGUGAAGCUUAACUGCUGCCUGUUGAAAUGAGCAUAGCUACGAAGGGUUGACUGGAGCACUUUUUAGUACAGUGGUACCUCGGGUUAAGUACUUAAUUCGUUCCGGAGGUCCAUACUUAACCUGAAACUGUUCUUAACCUGAAGCACCACUUUAGCUAAUGGGGCCUCCUGCUGCUGCUGUGCCGCUUCUGCACAAUUUCUGUUCUCAUCCUGAAGCAAAGUUCUUAACCUGAAGCACUAUUUCUGGGUUAGCGGAGUCUGUAACCUGAAGCGUAUGUAACCUGAAGCGUAUGUAACCUGAGGUACCACUGUAUAUAAAAAGAUGGGUAAAUAGAAGUUUGCACAACAUUUUCCCAAUCCAGAGCCCUGGAUGCCACCUCGAAUUCUGACAGUAUUGAUAAGCUUGAAAGUUCACCCAUUCUUAAUGUAUGCUAUCUUUUCUCUCCUGCAUUCACAUAGCUAUACAGUGGUACCUCGGGUUAAGAACUUAAUUUGUUCUGGAGGUCCGUUCUUAACCUGAAACUGUUCUUAACCUGAAGCACCACUUUAGCUAAUGGGGCCUCCUGCUGCUGCUGUGCCGCUUCUGCACGAUUUCUGUUCUCAUCCUGAAGCAAAGUUCUUAACCUGAAGCACUAUUUCUGGGUUAGCGGAGUCUGUAACCUGAAGCGUAUGUAACCUGAAGCGUAUGUAACCCGAGGUACCACUGUACAUGAGUUGCUCUGCACAUAGGGAGAGAUAUGCCGAAAGAUAUACCACAAAGCCAAUCCCAGGAGCCCUCAGCCAUAUGCAUUGCCACACAGGUGGUGGUUGCCCAUAAUGGGAGGCCAGUUUGUGCCUCGCGUCUGAGCAUCUGGCAUGCUCCCAACAAGUAACGCUUCUUGCAGGAGAAUGCUGUGUCCCAGGGAGAAGUGAUUUACUGGCUAUUACCUGUCAGUUGCAGGAAAGCCUGAUCCAUAUCCACUGGAGAGAGACAAAUCUGUCACUUACUGUUUCUCUGCAUUUCUCAUUUUUCCACUCUUAAGUUCAGCAAACUUCCAAAUCUAUUUGUAAACCUUUAUUUGUUUUGUUUUUUUAAGUCUGCACAAAAAUUGUAUUCAUUUUUCGGUGCCUGUCUCCUCAUAUUGACAUUUUAUACACCAUUGUGUCUAAUAUAUGCAUUUGGGAGGGGCGGGUCGCUAAAACAAGGCAUUCUUAUGCAUAUUGGUUGGCUGUAGAGCUGCGUUAUAAAAUAUGAUGGCAAAUAUGCUUACUGGGAAAGGAUGUGCAGAUUAGGUUGGUUUGGACUAAAAUACAGGCCAAAUGCAUUUCCCAUCCCUGAAGUCCUCUGACAAGCAGUGUGAGGUGGAUAGUUAGGAAAAUGAGGGACUUCUUGGUGGUGGCACCAUCCUUUUGGAACAAUUAGUGAUGUUAAAUUCUCGAGAAUAAUACAAAAGAUUAUUCUCAGGAAUUUAACAUCACUAGGAACAUCCUCCCCGGGGGAGGGCCACCUAAGACAUUCUUCAUCUUCUUAUUCAUUCACUUCAUUUACUCAGGCCUUUCAAGUUUGCAUUUUUAAAAUCAACCCUGCACUGUCACUUUCAAAAAUGUGGUUUUAAAUAACUCUUUGUGUGGUUUUAUGCUGAGUUGCGCAUGGUUUUAUUCCGCUUCCACUGGAAGGAAAGCUUUAUGCCGUUGGUUUUUACCGUCUUAAUCAUUAUACUUUGUGUUUUGUUUCGUACGUAUGGUGUUUGUUUUUGCUUUCUAAGCCACCUAGAUUAUUUUCUGAUGAUCAGCCAAAUACAUUUAAUAAAUCACUAUCCUUCCAGCUGUCAUGAUGUGGCAUGCCCUGCCCAGAGCCCAGCUGAGGGAUGGUGGGGGAGGAGAGAACACCCUGGUCUCUGGCAGGGGUGUUUCAGCCAGAGGGCUACAUUCCAUCAUGCCCUGCAUGCCGCUGGUGGGUGAGGCGAGAGGCAAAGGUGGGCAGAGCAAGGGAAACGUCUUUUGCCUUCGUACCAUGGGCUGCAUUCCAGCCAUGCAACAGAGGUGUGCACGCAUGUAAACACAUACAAACACACACACACCCCACGUGCCUUUCAGCCAAGGAAAAAGCAUUGCCACAGCCCAAGGAUGCAUUCUGCACAGGCAAAAGCACUUGAGCAGGGCCAGAGAGGGGCAUGGCCUGAGGAGAGGGGAGUGUGGCUUGGAGAGAGUCGCCAAGGCUGGCUAGAGAUUCUUGAAGGGCUGUACUCACAUUAGUACAGGCGGUUCAUCACCCCUGAUCUAGGGGGUCCCGUUGGUGGAGCAGGGAGAGUACAUGAUGGUGCACAAUCAUUUUACUAAGAAGACUGAUUGGUUGUCAUGAAGAUAAUUACUGCUUGAAUGCUUCUCCCUAAGUCAGUGGUUGAGGGACACGGGUGGCACUGUGGUCUAAACCACAGAGCCUAGGGCUUGCCGGUCAGAAGGUCAGCGGUUCAAAUCCCCGUGACAGGGUGAGCUCCCGUUGCUCCUGCCAACCUAGCAGUUCAAAAGCACAUCAAAGUGCAAGUAGAUAAAUAGGUACCGCUCCGGCCGGAAAGUAAACGGCGUUUCUGUGUGCUGCUCUGCUUCGCCAGAAGUGGCUUAGUCAUGCUGGCCACAUGACCCGGAAGCUGUCUGUGGACAAACGCUGGCUCCCUCGGCCUAUAGAGCGAGAUGACUGUGCAACCCCAGAGUCGUCCACAACUAGACCUAGUAGGGGUACCUUUACUCUGGGGUUGCGUGCUCAUCUCGCUCUAUAGGCUGAGGGAGCCAGCGUUUGCCCACCUUUAAGUCAGUGGUUAUUGACCAGUGUGCUGUGGCACCCUGGGGUGCCUUGAAUGAUGGUCAGGGGUGCCGUGGGCAACACUGGCCUCUGUCCCUCUUUCCUUCCCUCCCUCCUCUGAUGCCCUCUCAUGUCUCUGCCUCUCAAAGGCUUGCACAGCUGUUUAUUGCAGCAGCCCUGGCUAUAAGCUCUGCAGGCGAAUGGUUGCACUCCAUGUUCUCUUUGGGGCAGGGGCAGCUCAGAGACUCAGGGACAGAAGCAGCUGCCCGUCCAGAGGACUCCCAAGAAGAGGGGACAGGAGAGGAGGCUGAGGGAACGUUCCCCAGGGGAGGGUGUUCGAAAAAGGGUGAGAGGCUACCAGCUCUACAGGCAAUGGGUGACAUAACCGGGCUUCUGAGCCCCACAGGGGUGCCACAGAUAGAAUGUACUUGGUCAAGGAAGCCUUGGACCCCAGAAGGUUGAAACCUCUGGCCUAAGUGAUGCUUGUGUUCCAAAGCAUCUUGGUGACCUCGGUGUUGGCUGCCUGGAGUUUCAGUGUGUGUGGCCUCUGCACAAUGCAACAGGCAGUGAUGGUGAACAAGACUUGCAAGUCAAUGUCAGGCCGCUCAUGGCUGGCUUCAGCAGCAGAAACUGACGAAUCUCUCAAUUUCAGUUUCCCAUUUUUCCAUUUCUGCAUCAGCUGGCUAUUUGUUCCAUUUAAAAAAAAGUUCACAUGAAAAUCCGCACACUUUUUGUGCAUUUUUGCAAGCACUUUUCCCAGCAUAUAAUGCAAUAUUGUGCAUUAUUUGCAGUAAUGUGUGUAUUUUUGUACAGACUUUCCCUCAAUGUAUACUUUUCCCACACUUUGGAGAGCUGUACUGCAAAACUGGAAGAAGUCCUACUUUCAAAAGUUCAUUUCAGUUUGUGUAUUUUGAUCAGAAGCACAGAUUAUAUUCAAAUUGUGAACUGGGUGACUUUCUGCUCAUUCCCUAUUCAGUGUGGAAAGUUUCCUAUUUACCAACCGAUUGUUCUUUUUCCUGUGCUCCCCCCUCCCCCACCGUCUGCUGCAGCCACAAACGUGGAGUGCAGCUCAGUGUGGUGAAAUCUCCUGAUGCUUAUGCUGAUGUCACAGGAGGAGGAAAAAACCCUCCAAGAAUAGAAAUGGCAUAUACUUUUAAUGCAACUUACUCAUAGCUUGCUGGUGUUUAGACUCGACCUUCAGAGUUGCCCAAUGUCCUGGCUUCCGCUCAGGCACAAUGAAGGAGUGGCUCAAGAAGGAGCUGUAAGCAAACAGAGCUGGAUUCCUUUAUUUCCCUGUUCGGAUGUGAUGCAGGAAGACGGGGGAGAGAACAACUCCGCAACGGUGGCUUCUGAAGAUUCUGCUGGCUACGAGCCCUUUCCCAGGCUCCCUCUUGGUUUAUCCUGAAGGAUCCCCAGGAGCCGCACUCACGGAUACCUUGCUUACGAAACCCCGUGUGCUUGCAUCAACUACCAAGCCCUCCUUCUUCUGCCAAGCAGUGGAGUAAGACUGUCUCGCUGAUGCAGGCCUGGCCACUAAACCCUUGCUUAGGGGCAAGGGGAAGUCCUCUGGAAUUCUCAUAGACCUCAUUGUGUGUGUGGCUUGUGUGCAUUACUGGAUCAGAGCAAAUGGGAUACAAAGGAACAAAGAACAGGAUGCAUUGCUACUGGAGGCGGCCAAAGAAGGUAACAUGUAUUUUGAAUUACUCGGCUGGGGUCUCAGAUUUUGAGUUAAUUGCUUUGUACAGGGUGCGAGUUGCAUACUGAAGAACUCUGCGCUUCUUAUAGGCAUGGGGAACCUCCAUGUUCAGGAGCAGCAAGCCUAUAAGUAUUGCCCACUGAAGGAAAUACAUAAGAAGAGAAGGCCAUAUAUUUAUGUCUUGCCUGAGCCUGGUGGUUGUCGCAGACAAAUUGUUGAGUUGGAUGGUCUUUUGGUCUGAUCCGGCAAGGCAUUAGGACAAUACUGUAGCACAAUGGCUAAGCUAUGCUUCAUAAUACUCAGAAGAAGCCCUGGGGCUCUUUGCUACUUCAGUGAAACAUUUUGAACCCCUGAAUGUGCUAUAUACAUGAUAAAUAUAAUUUAUCACUAGAAUUAGCAUCAUAGUACUCAGAAGAAGUCCUGGUUCUUUCUGGUCCAGCUAUGAACCGGAAAACCCAUCAUGCAAAUCCUACUUCUAGCAUAAAAGUUACUAGAUAGGCUCAGGUAAGCCUUCCUUGUCUCUGUUUCAGUGUUUAUGGGGAAAAUAAUACUGGCAAGCUUUACAGGGUGCUGUUAAGUGUUGCUGAAAUAAUGUAUGUGAAACAUUUUGAACGGGCACGGCAUGUUUUAUUAUCCAUCCACUUGGUGCUUUUUAACCUGCAUUUUAGUAAGAGAGGUUGCUUUGAGAUGGAAAAUAAACAUUCUCCAUCAUUUUGCUGAGCAGGGGUUAAGAAUUUAGUGAGCUAAAUCCAGCUGCCCACAGUACUAGAGGCUAGUGAACAAAGCAGACGCUUAUGGUACUUGGCUUGUAUACGAUUGUGGCUAAGACACUGAGCUAUGUCCAUACUUCAAAGCUCAUUUCUUCCAUAAACUCACUUUACACACUCACUUUUUGCCCCGUGUGUCACAUGCACAAGCCUGUGCUUUCCUGGUCCAUGUCUGAGUGUCUUCCCCCACCCCGCCACUUUCCUCAAGGAAAAGCUGCUCUUUACUGCUGAAUCGGAACAAGUGGCCAUUCAGGUUUUUCGCAGAUUGCCAUUUGCACUGAUUCAGUUGCAAUGAGUAAGCUUUUGUGAGGAAAGAAGUUCCUCCCCCACAAAAAACACUCAGGCAGGGAGCUUUAAAGCACAGAUCUGUACCUAGAAAUGUGGAGCAAAGCUAAGUGUGCAUGAGUAGUUAGAGUAGCUUUACUAUCUGCCUUGGCCCCCUUCGUGCAAUAUGGGAUUGAUAAUGCCCUUCAAAUCAAAUCAAAUAUCUUUAAUACGGUCAAUGACCAGGAAGGAUAGUGCCCUUCUUUGUAGGAGUGUUGUAAUGAUUACAGCAAGGUAAUCAUACACUUGAAGCCUUUUGAACACCUGAAGGUGCUCUCUACAUGCUAAGUAUCACAGCUGGAAGGACUUUUGCUGCUCUUUGGUCCACCAAGUCUGGAUCUUAUGCCAGGUUCCUGAGGCAGACAAGACACGGUGUGAGAGUGUAUAUUGGGCAAGAGGCCUAGUAGCUUUCUUCACGCUUCCUUCCAGAAGUAUUUUCAUGCCAACGAGAGGCCUUGAGCAUUCAUUGGCUGUCUGAAUUAGCAGCUACCAAAGACCAUCGCAUAAACAGGAUGGCUUUGGAGGAGCAGCUCAGAUCACCAACAAGUGUAACUGAUGCUGGAUCUCUUGAGGCUUCCUAGCAAUGGUGCUGCAGUUUGUGGGGUCUGUAUCCCUUCAGUUGGUAAUAUGUACUGCAGGCACAAGGACUGAGGUCCAGUGCCGAAGGCCUUCUGGUGGUUCCCUUGCUGCGAGAAGCCAAGCUACAGGGAACCAGGCAGAGGGCCUUCUUGGUAGUGGCACCCGCCCUGUGGCACACCCUCCCGCCAGAUGUCAAAGAGAAAAACAGCUACCAGACUUUUAGAAGACAUCUGAAGGUUCAGGGAAGCUUCUAAUGUUUGAUAGACUAUUGUAUUUUAAUAUUCUGUUGGAAGCCGCCCAGAGUGGCUGAGGAAACCCGGCCAGAUGGGUGGGGUAUAAAUAAUAAAUUAUUAUUAUUAUUAUUAUUAUUAAUACUGAGAGUGCUGAUGAGUAACUUGGAAUAGAUCUCAGUGGUCACAGAUUGAAAUUCUAUCUCCGGAUAGAAUUCUAUCUCCAGAGAGAGAUGUGGGGAGUGUGACCUUGCUAGUUUUUCUUGGCAUCUCAGAGGCUUUCAAUACAGUGGUACCUCGCAAGACGAAUGCCUCGCAAGACGGAAAACUGGCAAAACGAAAGGGUUUUUUGUUUUUUGAGCUGCUUCGCAAGACGAUUUUCUCUAUGGGCUUGCUUCGCAAGACGGAAACGUCUUGCAAGUUUGUUUCCUUUUUCUUAACACCGUUAAUACAGUUGCGACUUGACUUCGAGGAGCAACUCAUAGCACGCGGUGUGGUAGCCUUUUUUGAGGUUUUUGAAGACUUUGGUGAUUUUUGAAGCUUUUCCAAAACUUUCCCGACACCGUGCUUCGCAAGACGAAAAAAAUCGCAAGACGACAAAACUCGUGGAACGAAUUAAUUUCGUCUUGCGAGGCACCACUGUACCAUUGAAAUCCCAUGGUGUCCUUUAAGGAGGUGGGGGUUGUGGGCACUGUACUUCUGUUUCUGUUUCUGUUUCUUCUGCUACCUCCAGAGCUGCUUCCAGAAAGCAAUUGUGUCUUGGUACAAUUGCACCUUUAUAGAUAUGGCCCUGGUAGGACCCUGGUUGUUGUUGUUGUUUAGUCGUUUCCGACUCUUCGUGACCCCCUGGACCAGAGCACUCCAGGCACUCCUGUCUUCCACUGCCUCCCGCAGUUUGGUCAAACUCAUGCUGGUAGCUUUGAGAACACUGUCCAACCAUCUCGUCCUGUGAUGGCCUGGGAGGUUGAACCGGAGGAAUCCCAGCCUGCACAUGAGUCCCCGCCUCCAGGGCCGGCUGAGCUGGGGCAGGGCCUUGAUUCUGAAGCGCCUGCACCUGUGCCGGAUCCUCAGGAGCAGGUACCAGGUGAAUCCACUCUGGUUCCGGAGGCGAUGGAGGAUGCAUUGCCUACAGGUGCGCCUCCCCCAGCCCUGUCAAGGGAAAGUGAGUCUUCCCCUGGGUCCAGUAACCCACCGGCCUCUCCUGAGCUGCAGAGGCUCAGGGCAGAGAGGCAGAGGGAACUGGUUUCUCCCAGGAGGAGUGCUCGCCUUAAGGCCAGGAGAGGCAGGUCACCUGGGGGCUGGGACCGCCCCUGGCCUCAGAGAUGAUAAAGGCCAGUCAGCCCGGUCCCAGGUUGCGGGAGCAACGUUGUUGAAGAGCUGUUUCGGCCAGCACCCAGUCCUGUUCCCCCAGAGUUCCUGUCCUUGCCCGGCUCCUCACUGUGGACCCCGCUUCGCCCGUGGAGGACUGUCUGCCGACCCUCGACUCAGGUCCUGGACCUCGCCCCACGGUAACCUCCCCGCUGGACCAUCCCCUUCUUGUGCCCUCCAUCUUUCCCAACAUCAGGUUCUUUUCCAGGGAGUCUUCUCUUCUCAUGAGGUGGCCAAAGUAUCGAAGUCUCAGCUUCAGGAUCUGUCCUUCCAGUGAGCACUCAGGGCUGAUUUGCUUCAGAAUGGAGAGGUUGCAGUCCAUGGGACUCUCAAGAGUCUCCUCCAGCACCAGAAUUCAAAAGCAUCAAUUCUUCAGCGAUCAGCCUUCUUUAUGGUCCAGCUCUCACUUCCAUACAUCACUACUGGGAAAACCAUAGCUUUAACUAUAUGGAUCCCUUCAUGGGAUCCCUUGCUGUGGCGAAGGGCCUUGAAUAACUCAGAGAAGCUAUGAACUAUGCCGAGCAGGACCCUGGUAGGGAUUGAUAUUACCUGGUGUCCAAACAACUCAUUUAUCCCUUGCAGCUCUUCACUUCACUCAUUGGCGAAAAACACUGGUGGAUCGUGAUCUGUCAUUUCCAUAGACACUGUGUCUCUGUGUCUCCUCCUUUCCUUUCUUCCAGGGCCCAGGAUGAUAUGCCUCUUUUCCAUUUCUCCCCCUCAAAUCAUAAUGGCACAUAUUUUUCUACUGAUCUUUAUCCGUUUCAGCAGAUUCUAACUGCAGCCAUGACAUGUAAAGAACAUGUUUAUUGCUGAAUUACACAUACAAAAGGAUUGUCCACGAUUGUCCACAAGGCUCCUGAUCUAUUGAGAUUUCACAAACACCGUUUAUCACUACUGGAUGACUAGCAGUUGAAUGUGUGAAAUGCAAAACACGGCAUUUGAGGUGACGUGAGGUGAUUUGUGACGGCUGAGUCACAAAUGCCUAGCCACAGUAAUUCCUGUGUCGCUUACUGAAAGAAUGGAUUACUGCAGUGUGCUUUAUGUGGGGCUUCCCAUGCGCUUAAUCAGGCGGCUUCAGUUAGUGAAGAAUGCUGCAACACCAUUGCUGACAGGAGUCACAUAUAACGCCUGUGCUCAGCAUUGGUUGCUGAUUUGCUGCCCGGCCAAUUUCAAGGUGUUAUUACAGUGGUACCUUGGGAUGUGAACAGGAUCCGUUCCGGAGCCCCGUUCGCAUCCAGAAGCAAACAUAACUAACGAUGGCACGUCUGCGCACACACGCAUUGCUUUUCGUCGCUUCUGCGCAUGCGCGUGACAUCAUUUUGAGCGUCUGCGCAUGCGUGAGCGGCGAAACCCGGAAGUAACGCGCUCCGUUACUUCUGGGUUGCCGCGGAGCGCAACUUGAAAGCGCUCAACAUGAAGCAUAUUCAACCCUAGUUAUGACUGUAUUAGCAUAUGUAAUCAUAACAACUUGGGACUAGUUUACCUACGACAUCACAUUGUCCCACAUGUGCCCAAUUGACCUCUUUGAUUGGCACUCCUACAAGUGCAACAUAAAUAGCCAUUCUGCAUUUGUAAAAGCUUUGGAACUCCCUGCUUAUUGAGCAGACGCCUUCCUUCUGCUCUUUUUUUGGUGCCUGCCACAAACAUUCUUCCUUAAAGAAGCCUACCCAGAUGCAUAGAAAGUUGAGGUAAUAUUAAUGUAUUAGUAUUUUCACUUUUGUAUGUUUUAAAGUAGGGUUGUAAUUUUUUCUUGCUUUCCUUUUUUAUCUUUAUCUUGAAAGGAUUUUAAAAAUAAAUUAAAAAAUCAAGCCAUGUAUAAUUUUUAUGAAAUAAAGAAAGGGAACUUAUUCACCUGAUGCUACAGAUAAUCAUCAAGUGUGUGAACCAUUCCGUUGCCAGGGUAGAAAGAAAACUCAAGUCGAGUUUGACCAAAUCUGUGUCAGGAAAUGGACAAAGUUGAGCCAAAGUCACGUUUUGGUAUGUCAUCUUGAUUCAAAAUGGCAGCCAGCAUCCAAAAUUUUGACAGAGUGCUGUGCCCACCUUGGAAACCCUCUGAAGGUGGUGCACUCUCCUUCAUUAGAACUUUUUAAGCAGUUUGAUGGCCAUCUGUCAUGGAUGCUUUAGUUGCAUGGCUGGGAGUUGGCCUAGAUCAGGCAUCCUCAAACUUGGCGCUCCAGCUGUUUUGGGACUACAACUCCCACCAUCCCUAGCUAACAGUACCAGUGGUCAGGGGGAUGAUGGGAAUUGUAGUCUCAAAACAUCUGGAGCACCGAGUUUGCCUAUGCCUGACCUCCAUGACCCUCCGGGUCUCUUCCAACUCUACAGUUCUACGAUUCUAUGAAUACAGCCUAUGGAUUCUUCUAUGAAGCUUCCAUGUCAUUGUUGCCACCAUGGCCAGAGUUGGCAGAAUUGCUGCCAGUUACAUCGUCACCAGUGGCCAGACUUAUUCUUGUCGCCCAGUCAGGCUGAAAGGCCAGUGGUCCAGCUGCCAGGAGAUUGUUUCAGGAGGCAGGAAGCAAUAGCAGCAGCAAGAUGACAGGACCAUUGGUGGGAGAGAAGAGAGGUCCUCACCCUGACCCACUGAUGGACAGCAGGCAACAGUGCUUCUGUCAAGAGCACAGUGGAGCAGCUGGGACCCUCUCCAGUGCCAUCAGGAGAUACCCCAAUGGUCUUGUGAUGACACACACACACCCGUGACUAAGCCCUACACUGGUCCUUUUCUGAGCCUCCAGCCUGAGAGUAGCCACCAGCCUGAUUCUCCACACAAGCGGCAGAGCAUGAUGUGGGUCCCCUGCAAGGUGGGAAUGGAUCCCACCAUUGAUAUCUGCCAUCACUGCAAGAAGACUUUGAAUGGGGGGAAGUAGCAGGGCAUUACACCAUCAACAAUUUGCUCCAGCACUUGAAGAGGCUCCACCGGUCAAUCUCACUCAGGCCAGAGGGAAGCCAUGUCCCAGCUAUCAGGCAGCAAGGGCAAAACAGUGGUAAUGUAGCAAAUCUUCCCCCCCCCCCCAGCUAGCUCUCAGUUUCCCAUUCCCAAGAGGCUAAGGUGGCCAACCAUGGAGUUCAGGAAGCAUGAGGUCAUGCGGGGGGGGGGGACACACACAGCUGGGCCUACCUGUCUGAAAAUUUGCAGGAUUAAUUCCCCCUUGAGGAGCUACAAUUUGCGUGUGGAGGUCCCCAAGCCACCCCUCAAAAUAAUUCACAAAUCACACAUAAUUUUUGUUUAAGGUUUUUGACAUAAUUUUGGCCACAACUUUAUUAAAAUACAUAAUCUGUGAGUGGUUGCUUAGGCAUUGGUUAUGACUAUCUGUCCCCCCGCCUGGGACAGAACUGACUUCCCAAACUCCCUCGGAAGCCAGUGAAGGGAAAACAAUGUUGGGGAUCAGUUGAGCUGAGUGACAGUCCCUCACCGCUCACCCAACCAGCUCCCCAAGGCUUGCCGGCCCUGGUCCCAUUUCAGGGAUUGGACAAAAUUGUGGCAAGCCCCAGGAUUCCUUUAAUGGAAUUCUCUUCCAGCACCAUUGGAGGGGCAGGCACAGCCUAUCCUGACCCCUCCACCACCAAUUUUUAUAACCAAUGCCUAACCGCAACCUUACAAGUUGUGACGAAUUGCUAAGUAGUAGGCAAAAACCAAAGGGCACCAGCCAAUCAGCCAAAUGGACAAAAUUCCUACUAGGUCCCUGCCCCAACGGCAGACGACCCCAUGACAGGCAUAGCAAUGUCAACCGGAACACAGGGCGGGCGGGUGAUCCGAUGCACUCAGCGAAAGAGAAAGCAAAAGCAGAGUGCCCCAAUAUUUAAAGCCUUUGGUCCCACCCACCUAAUCUGCAACAUGCAAUUUGCCCCAGCAACCGGUCAUCCAAUUGUUGCUUCAGGCAAUAACCAUUUAACCUGCCUGGCAACAGAGCGCUGGCCUGGCAGACCACACCGCAACAUGUGCUCUCAUUUUAGGGAGAACACACUUUCUCCAAAUGUCAUGUACCAAUUGCAAAAAACAAGCAGUUCAUUGUUGCCUUGAUUUUCCCAAUGAAAGUCAAUGGGAGGACUGAAUAUUUGGAUUUCCAAAUGUUGCUCCUAUGCGGGGUCUGAGGCAGGGACCCUUCGAAGCAAGGUGGGGCCCGACCCAGAGCUCUGACCAUGAGGCUGCUAUUCUUAUUCAUUGCAUUUAUAUCUUGCCCUUCCCAAAGGAGCCUGCGGCGGCAAGGCAGGGCCGCCUCACACAUCCCCCGUUGACAUUGUAAGCAUACAUAUUAGGAAGGAAGUGAAUCCUACUGAACUCAGUGGAACUUGCUUCUCUGUAAACAUUGCUAGGAUUGGACUGUAAAUUUUCUUUUGGCAGUGUAAGGGAAGGCUUAGAUAUUCUGUACAAUUACUGCGAUUGUGCAUGUGAAGUGUUUUGAAUGCUCUAAAAUGUUGCACAAAUGCACAAAGUAUUAUUAUCCUCUUUAUUGCCUAUUAAGCCCUUCAUCUUCCUAGGCAACACAGUGCGAGUGGAAUGGAUGACAGCUGAGCUGUGCUAAGUUUGGUUUUACUCAGUGCUAUUUUUCUAGAAAAAGAGGUACACCGAACUCACCUUGAACACCUCCCUUGUUCUCUCAUAAUGGCAAUGGUGCCCACCUGAGAGAUGCUGGAACUUAGUUCCGGCAAGUUCCGGCUGGAAAAAAGCCCUGGUUUUACAGGCCUUCUGGCUGUCAGCUUCAUUUUUAGUUCAUGACGUGUUCACCAUAUUUCACUUGCAUGAGUGUGAGACUUUUGAACAGGGUAAAAUGUUGUCCGAUUCAGAAAUGAAGCUACACGGCAACCAGCCUGCUUUGAAAACAUUUGAAUGCAGGUUACCUUUCUCAAAAAAAAACCAUAAGGGGAAUUGCAAGGGUGGAGCUUAGGUAGCGGUGUGGAAUGUGAAGUAACAAAUACAACAUGUGAAACCACACCCUUUGGUUAAUGAACUCCAAGGACAGGGUUUGGCUUAAACCGAAAGAAGUGUUGAGGGAGGGAGGGAGAGAGGGAGAGAAGGAAGAAGCAAGUGAGGUUUCACAGCUCCUUCCUGGCAAAUGACUGCGUCCUCUGCUUCCAUCAUCUCUCCCUGAAGAACAAACAGCUAGAACCAUCUUCAAAGUUUCAGGUUUUAACUGGUUCUGCCCUCAUUCACCCAUAUUCAAGCAGGGCGAGACCUUAGCAACAUGUACACAGCCACACACUCACGUUCACACAAAUAGCACUUGAGCUUAAGUGCACUAUACCUCCUACCUCAGAUCGCGUGUGUCUGUGUCAGGGAGGGGUGGGGUGAGAAUUCAUGGUAGAGUACUGACUCGUUGGGAUGCGGGUGGCAUUGUGGGUUAAACCACAGAGCCUAGGGCUUGCCGAUCAGAAGGUCGGCGGUUCAAAUCCCCAUGACGUGGUGAGCUCCCGUUGCUCGGUCCCUGCUCCUGCCAACCUUAGCAGUUCAAAAGCACGUCAAAGUACAAGUAGAUAAAUAGGUACCACUCCGGCAGGAAGGUAAACGGCGUUUCCGUGCGCUGCUCUGGUUCGCCAGAAGCGGCUUAGUCAUGCUGGCCACAUGACCCGGAAGCUGUACGCUGGCUCCCUCAGCCAAUAAAGCGAGAUGAGUGCCGCAACCCCAGAGUUGGUCACGACUGGACCUAAUGGUUAGGGGUCCCUUUACCUUUACUGACUCGUUAAGAACAAUUUCUUGCAAUUGAAAAGCAAGCAUCCUGGGAUGACUCCUAGGCCAGAAUCCUUCUCCCUGUAAUUCUAGUGUCGGAUGUGUAUGCACACGAUCUCCCCUUCUUGGGACUAAGAUUAUUCUGUUUUCCUGACAUUACCCUAACUGUUAAUUUGUGCAGUACAUUGUUACGAGUUUGAGAGGGUAGGCUCUAUUCCUGGAUCCAACACAGAUUCAAUUGCUGGAAUAGCCAGGCAGUGAUACCAAGCGCUGCAAAUCCUCCAACAAGCUGCUGAAAUUCUGUAACUUUUCAUACCAUGAAUGUUUGGAGUUGUUUUUGGUCCGACUGUGGUUGUGCUAUAGUCUCCCUGGACAGCAGUGAUGUGGUAGCAUUAGGAAACCAUGACAGAACAACUAAGACUGUGUUCACACUAAGACAUCCAACUCCAGUGUGGAUGAGUCCUAAUAAAGAAGAAACCCACCACUAACACACGUGGUACAAUGCACCCACAAUAAACACCCUUCCGAGGGCUCAUCAUUCCAUGUCAAUUUGCUGCCCACUCUUCCUCUUUCCCUGUGAGAAAGAGGAGGCGCACAGCAAGCCAGCAAAGACCACUUUGCACAGGGUGCCUGAGAAAGGAGGCAGUGAUGCCAUUUCUUCCUUUCCAGGAAGUCUAGGGUGAAGUGAAAGCAUUGCUUCACUUGCCCUUCUCUGUGUCAUGCAUGGGACAGAAGAGGACUAUGGUCUCAGUCCUUUAGCUUUGCACAAGGCUCCACAAGAGGGGUACAAUGAGAGAGACUGAGAUGAUGGAGCAGGGAUAUAGCCACACACAGAAAUCCCCACCCCACCCACUGGGGAACUGGUGGGCUAAGCCAGACUCAGUGGUUUCUCCUUUUCUGGAACUUUUACAUAUCCUAAAGGUAAAGGUAAAGGGACCCCUGACCAUUAGGUCCAGUCGUGACCAACUCUGGGGUUGCGGCACUCAUCUCGCUUUAUUGGCCGAGGGAGCCAGCAUACAGCUUCUGGGUCAUGUGGCCAGCAUGACUAAGCCGCUUCUGGCGAACCAGAGCAGCACACGGAAACGCCAUUUACCUUCCCAGUGGAGUGGUACCUAUUUAUCUACUUGCACUUAGAUGUGCUUUCGAACUGCUAGGUUGGCAGGAGCAGAGAUUGAGCAACAGGAGCUCACCCGAUCGCGGGGAUUCAAACCGCCGACCUUCUGAUCGGCAAGUCCUAGGCUCUGUGGUUUAACCCACAGCACCACCCGCAUCCCUUUACAUAUCCUAGGUAUCCUUGAAAAAAACUUCAAGGCUUCUGUGACAGGAAAAGGGGCCAAGAGGGCAAGAGGUUUAUUCUGAGUCCUUGACUUGAAAUUGCAUAGUAGUGCCUGUAAGUCUAAAACUUCUUCCUGUUUCCACAGUGCCUAGCAAAUGGAAGGUACUUUAUGGAAACAGCUCCAUUAAAAAAAAAAGUCAUUCCAUGGGGCAGAAUAUUGUGCUACUGGUACUGGACUGGGGCUUGUGAGGGUGUCGUGUACAAUAACUGAAAAAGGAAUUGUGUGACGCGGCAGCUAAAAAAGCCAAUGCAAUUCUGGGCUGCAUCAAUAGGAGUAUAGCAUCUAGAUCAAGGGAAGUAAUAGUGCCACUGUAUUCUGCUCUGGUCAGACCUCACCUGGAGUACUGUGUCCAGUUCUGGGCACCACAGUUCAAGAAGGACACUGACAAACUGGAACGUGUCCAGAGGAGGGCAACCAAAAUGGUCAAAGGCCUGGAAACGAUGCCUUAUGAGGAACGGCUAAGAGAGCUGGGCAUGUUUAGCCUGGAGAAGAGGAGGUUAAGGGGUGAUAUGAUAGCCAUGUUCAAAUAUAUAAAAGGAUGUCACAUAGAGGAGGGAGAAAGGUUGUUUUCUGCUGCUCCAGAGAAGCGGACACGGAGCAGUGGAUCCAAACUACAAGAAAGAAGAUUCCACCUAAACAUUAGGAAGAACUUCCUGACAGUAAGAGCUGUUCGACAGUGGAAUUUGCUGCCAGGGAGUGUGGUGGAGUCUCCUUCUUUGGAGGUCUUUAAGCAGAGGCUUGACAACCAUAUGUCAGGAGUGCUCUGAUGGUGUUUCCUGCUUGGCAGAGGGUUGGACUCGAUGGCCCUUGUGGUCUCUUCCAACUCUAUGAUUCUUUGAUUCUAUGAUUCUAUGAAUUCAUAAAUGCCCACCUAAUGUUAAAUCAAAAGUACAAGCAAAGAGGGAAGUACAUAAUCAAAGUUACAAAACAUAGGAGCAGGAUAGAGGUUGUCUUUUCCAAACAGAGAGAAGAUACAGUAAUAUUUUAAAAAUUAAAGUCAAAUUUCACAAUUUGGUGGGGGAAGAGAGUUUUGUAUAUCUGAAUUUGACAUAUAAGAAAUUAAACAGCAUAAAAAUGUUGGGUUAUGUUCCUUCCUGCUUGUACCUUUGAUUUUACAUUAAUAAAAGUAUUUAAUGAAAAAUAAACACUCAUUUAUGAAUCGCCUGUAAAAAUCCUCAUAAAAUUCAUCUUGGUAAGUUUUAUAGGCUAGAGGUUUUGUUUACAAGUUUGUAAAGCACCUCUGGUUUUUGUUAAUUAAGCAGCAAAGAAGCUGUUGUUUGUAAUGACCGCUCCCCACCUCAAAUGGGGGGCGCUUUUUGCGGGGUCAUGCACAGCCCCCUGGCCCUACACGAUCCGCAGCAGUUCAGACUGGCUUUGCCUUCCUGAGCUGGAUACCUGGAGGUUCCCACCUAACCUCAGACAGUUAGCCGAUCCCAGCCGAGGAGGUGUAGCCAGGGGAGUUGACCAGGUAGGGUUAGGACCGCCCUGCACACACAAGAGAGGGUGGAACUUACCUGGGAAUCCUCAGUUGGCUCCAGAGUUUCUCCCACCUUGCCCUCCCUCAGUUUACGCCUUCCUUUUGCAGGUGAACCUCUUUUUUACAGGUGACAGGUGUGCAGGCACUGCUACGGUCACUGAUGGUUGCUGUUGAGGUACCAGGAAGGAAUUUCCCUGCCUUGGCAGGUUUUGCCUUCCCCGUAGCAAAAAUGUCACAACUUUGGCGGUUUCAGGCCUUGGACGGAAUCCUUUAGUCUAUCUUCCCUAAAUGGGGGUAGGUGAGGCAUGAAGCGGUGACCCAUGCCCACCCUGUGGCGGUGAUCCCAGGGUUUCCCAUUAAAGGGGUUGUGUGGAAGGGAGUCACUGGCCAUAGGCCGUUAGGUUGUCAGUGCUCUCCCCUGCGUUGCGGCAAAAUGGGGGGCGGGCUCUCUGCUUGAACAGACGUUUUCCAGAGCCAGCCCAAUCCCCACACAGUUUGGAUAACCCUGAUGUUCCCCAGAUUCCUGGACAGGAGCUGGGAGGGAUAAAUGCCCAAUGCCUAAGCCAAGGUCUCCCUACACCUGAAAGUUUUAUAAAGUUGUGGCCAAUUUUAAUCCCAUAACAUGUUGUCAUGAGUCAUUAUUCCUCCUGGGGGUCAGCUGGGGUCGGAGGGUCUUCGCCUGGCCACACAAAAAGAACUCUGCUUUAAACUAACGGUUCAGCUUUGUAAAGAUCUUUUAGGUAAAGGUUAAGGGACCCCUGACCGUUAGGUCCAGUCGUGACCGACUCUGGGAUUGCGGCGCUCAUCUCGCUUUAUUGGCCGAGGGAGCCAGGUCAUGUGGCCAGCAUGACUAAGCUGCUUCUGGCAAACCAGAGCAGCGCACGGAAAUGCCGUUUACCUUCCCGCCAGAGCGGUACCUAUUUAUCUACUUGCACUUUGACCUGCUUUCGAACUGCUAGGUUGGCAGGAGCUGGGACCAAGCAACGGGAGCUCACCCCGUCACGGGGAUUCGAACCGCCGACCUUCUGAUCGGCAACUCCUAGGCUCUGUGGUUUAACCCACAGUGCCACCCGCGUCCCUUUUACUCCACCAUAAUUUCUUUUACUCCACCAUAAUUUCCAGUCACAGUGAAGCAUUUUUAUAAUGCCUUGGAUGAAGCUGAGCACGCAAGCAAACAGAAAGGAAGAGUAGUAAAAUCUCAGAGUGGGGGGGGGGUUAGAUUCAGCCUUGUGCUCCCCCUUCCAGUGAAAAUAAGCCUGGGCUCUGCCACCAGCCCCAUUAUCUCCCCUCUUGAGCCACAUGCCUGUGUUGCAAGAGGCUGCAGGAGCAAUCCUUGCAGGGUCUUUCUCACGCAUCAUCUUCCUCCAGCUGAUUACCCUCAUUUUUUCCCUUCUGAAUUACAGUUGACAGGAAAGGGCGGGUGGGGGGGAGAGCCAGCCACAGCUUAAAGGAAAAAGUGUGAGCUAUAACACGGUAAUUUCCCAUUGGUUCCCUAUUGUCUUUUAUUGUGUUCUAAACGGUGUGCAAAAUUAAUGGAAGAGUAUUCUUUAAAGAAAUGAAAUAAACAGAAACAUUGAGUGUAGAAUUUCCUAAGGCUUUAGAACCGCCACUGUUUUCUUAUUACCAGUGAGACUUUAAACAUGUAUAAAAUGGGUGUUAGUAAAGUGCAGCUCCCAACCCUUAGGACAUGGGUAGGCAAACUAAGGCCCGGGGGCCGGAUCCGGCCCAUAUCGCCUUCUAAAUCCGGCCCGCGGACGGUCCGUGAAUCAGCGUGUUUUUACAUGAGUAGAAUGUGCCCCUUUAUUUAAAAUGCAUCUCUGGGUUAUUUGUGGGGCAUAGGAAUUAGUUCAUAUUUUUUUUUUCAAAAUAUAGUCUGGCCCCCCACAAAGUCUGAGGGACAGUGGACCGCCCCCCCUGCUGUAAAAGUUUGCUGACCCCUGCUUUAGGAGGUCGUACUGACUGGCAUCUAUGCUGUUUUGAUUUAAUCUCAGCUAUGACCUAAUACUCCAGUAUUAAAUCAAAGGCUUACACUUCCUUUCUGCAGAACUCUAGCUUGACUCAGCAGCAGCAGCAACAACUUCCCCCAGAGCAAAGCUGGGUUUGCCGGUGCAAAAAUGGUUACGUUUACUAUCCAUUUUCUAUGAAAACAACGAUCCCAGGGGCCACUUUGAGGCAAUAUUGGGCUAGUGUUUUGGACCUGAUGGAGUAUUAACAUCGGGUGAUAUUUAUUUGUUUUAUUCCAUUUAUGAAUCAUUUCCCAUAAAGUAUCUCAACUUGAUGUCAGAGUUUUCCUGUUGUGUGUUUCCAUGGGAUCUGCUAGACGAUUUUCCUUAAAUCUUCUGAAUGGUUAGGAAAUAUCUGAAAGGAGGGGGCAUGCCUUUGCCCUUCAACCCUCCUUGCCAUAAGGAUGACAUAAUCUGUGUGAAAUGAACCAUGCACUACAGUUUUUGAAUGAGAGACAGGGCUUAUCUGGUCCUGCUAGGUUUUAUCUGAAUUGACGUUUGCUGUGAUUUAGCACCAAAGAAUGGGUUUUCUCUGUGAAAGGAGUAGGUCGAGAGGCAAGACCCAAGCUUUCUAGGCAUGCGGAAGUGUGGAUGAGCCCACAGAGAGCUAAGUUUGCAUUUUGUAAGCUAACAGCAUUUUUGAGUUGCUGGUUGCUUCUGCCUAGAGAUCUGAUGUGAAGCAGUAGAACUUGAUGUCUUGGAGUGCUUAAACUCUGCUUCCAGCUAUGCUCAACCUCUUUAUUUGUAGACAAAUGUUACUAAGCAUCAUAAACCUCGACUGACCUCUUUUCGAAGGCAACCAAACAUAGCGAAGCACUGUGCUUCCUGGAACCUGUCGCUGCUUGGGAGAGUGACAUAACAGUAUAUUCAACAGAGAAGCCAAGGCAAACUUGGACAUUUUGCAAGUUUUGUCUCCUCAUGUCUCUGACGGUCUUUUCAAAUGAAGUUGGUUUUGCAUGAGGAAUGUGGAUCUGGCCUCCUUUUCUGGAGUAGUGCUGAAUUCUGAGAAUCAGUGAUUAGUGUUGCAGGUCUCUCCUUUCCUUAGGAAUGCCUUCUCCUCCAUUAGUUUGUCUAGUCCUCUUUUAGAGUCAUCCAAGUUGUGGCUGUUUCUUGUUACCUUGUUGUUGGUAUUGUUAUGGCCUCCCCCUAAAAUUUUGUUCCAAGACAUAAGAGACCCAUAAAUUGUAUUCUUUGUUGAGAAAGAGCAUGUCUUUGCAAAAUUUUCACCAUCGAAAACUUCUGAUUGCAUUGUGCCCUAACGCUGAAAAUUUAGGUUUUCUAAGCCUAGUUUUUCCACCAAAAAAGCUACAUUUAUACAUUUUUUAAGGCAUUUAUAAAAUCUUUUGUGUGCUGGUGUGUUUUUUUCCUGAAAUGCUCAUCAUGUUAUUGCUCUCUGUGUAAAAUUUCAAAGAGAUCUGAUUAUUGGUUAUGGAGGGGAAAAAAUAAAAUGCACACAAGGCCGAGGAUCUCAAGAGGGACAGAAACGCAGAUUUCACGAAACCUUGAAGUGCUAUAAAAUUAAAACUGUUUGAGAUAGAGGGGGGGAAAUUAAGGAGGUUUCUUUCAAGCAUAAGGGAAGGGUGUACACCAAGUUUCAUCAAAAUGUGAGACGGUGGGUGGCGAAACCCUUGUUUUUUACGCUGAUUUGAUGUGGAAUGACCCUUCUGAAUAAUGCAAGUUGUGUGAAUUUACAUAAUUUAUCUGGUUUGGGGGAAGGACAGAGAGCUAUGCAAGGCUGGUGGAAGCACCACCCCAACUACUAGAAACUGUAAUUCAGCCAUCCUUCUGGCUUCUGAGAUUUCAAUAAAUGCACACGUAUGUUUAAGAUUUUUUCAAACAAGAAACCUGAGACUGCAGAGCAAGUACCGUAUUUUUCGCUCUAUAAGACGCAACAGACCACAAGACGCACCUAGUUUUUGGAGGAGGUAAACAAGAAAAAAAAUAUUCUGAAUCUCAGAAGCCAGAACAGCAAGAGGGAUCGCUGCGCAGCGAAAGCAGCAAUCCCUCUUGCUGUUCUGGCUUCUGUGAUAGCUGCGCAGCCUGCAUUCGCUCCAUAAGACGCACACACAUUUCCCCUUACUUUUUAGAAGUGAAAAAGUGAGUCUUAUAGAGCAAAAAAUACGGUACCUGAUCCUGAAAGAGUUCCAUGAUUCUUUCAUCCUUAUUGCUUUUAAGCCAAAGCAUCCUGACUGGAGAAAAGAUGUGCAGAGACAGACCUUCCUCUCCAGCUGUCUGCAACUCAAGAUUGUCAUUGAAGGGGUUGAGAUAGGCGAUCUCCUUAGCCUCUCUGUAUCUUUCCUUCCAUGGCUGUAAAACGAAGUUAGAAUCAUUAUUCCCAAUGUGUUUGUUUAAGUUUGGAAUGAUGAUUCUAAGCUGGGAAGUUACCAGAGAGAAAGGAGCUCACCCUUCUUCUGUUCAGACUUGCAGCUUGUUUUGGCUGGGGAGAAAAAUAUGUCAAGGAAAGAAUCAUUGAACUCUGCAUAAUAGGUAGUUUGAGCCUCAGGUAGUUGGAGUCCACAUUCUUUGCUCUCUUUCUUUUCAUUUCUUUUUACACACCUGAAUGCAAGUUGUCUGCCCACCUUUCCCCUCCGACUGCUCCUCCUCUUCUUCUUCUUCUUCUUCUUCUUCUUCUUCUUCUUCUUCUUCCUCCUCCUCCUGUUGAUUAGGUGUGUGGCUGAAUGCUUUUAAGUGUAACAUUUCCUGGUCAGCCAUAGCCUUAUAGUAAUUCUUCCUCUUCUUCUUCUGAUUUUCAGGAUGUGCCACUGAUGGAGUCUGAAAAAAUCAAAGGGGAAGAUCCUUUCCCCUCAGCAACCCACAAAUUCAAUGAAUCGUCUAAUCCUGCACCAGCCAGAAGGCACCAUGAUGUCACAGAAUUUUUCACCAGGAGUGAUGUUUCUGAAGAGAGGGUGGCAGUGAGAGCAGAGGAUAAAAAGAACUCUUUUUCUCAAGCCCUGCCACUUCUCUUUGUCAUGGAAGAACAGAUAUGGGGCAGAUUCCCUAGCCCUGUGGAAAGAGAGACAUCCAUGGGACUAGAAAGAGGCCAGAGAGAUCCAGAGGACUGGGGAGGAUUUUCCGAGCAAGAAAAUCUUCUCAAUAUACAAGAAGUCACUUUGGAGGAUAACAAGGAGGCCCCUUGGGAUUCCCGUCAGAGAGAACUUGAAGCUGCUCAUUCCUUAAGUGAUCAUGAAUCUUCCCUUUUCAGUACAGCAACUCUUGAACAGAUCUCAAGUAUUCCCAGUGAGGUCGCGGUGGGAGAGAUAAAAGGUGAAACCGUUGUUCUUGGAUUUCCCCAAGCUCUGAACCCUCGUGAUGCAUUUUCUCAGACACUGUGUGAGGAAACACAUUUAACAGGCACUUUUUCAGCUAGUGAGGAAUCAGCCUAUGACUAUCCCCCAGUGAGUCAUGAUGUUUCAGAGCAUCACCAGAAUGCUGAGGCUUCCAAAGACAGAUCAGAUGAAAAUCACUCAUCGGAACUAGAGUCUCAAUAUGAACUAGACAAGAGCCAUAUGCCAAAUAUGGAAGUCACAUCGGAGAUUGAUGAGAAGAUGUCCCCUAAGACCGAAGGAGCUGGCCAGAUGAACCCAGAUACCUCCAUAGUGAAUGAAGAGGGGAAAGUAAGAGAGUUAAAGGGACAAAGAGAGGGUGUGAAAUCUUCUGCACUUUUCCAGCCAAGUUUUGAAUUUUCUAAGGGUGGAGAAAUACGUUUCGAUGUGCAACAACCAAAGCCUAAAGAAAUUUUGUCUCUGCCAGACUCCAAUAGAGUAGACAGUAAUUCAGAUAUAGGAGAGGAAGUGGACGAAUCGGGACAAAAUUCAUUUAUUUGCACUGUCCUCCAUCUUGAGGAGGAGGAUGUCAUAGGAGGAAGCAAGACUCGUUCACCAAAGGAGACGGUUAAAACAAAGCAUGCUGCUGAUUGUGAUGAAGCAGAAUCAUCUCAGGUAUCAAAAUCAUUGGAGUCAGGGCCUGCAAAAUUGGGCCCACCAGAGUUGGUAGACACUGAACUAAAUGAGGAAUGCCUAGAAUGGAAGGUAAUGGAGAAAAAAGUGGAAACAGAGCAGAAUAAUCUAGAUUUGAGACGCAAAGGUCAGGAACAACAAGACUGUCAUGUGCAAAUAAGGCAAGCAUCAAAGCAAAGGGCAGAGAGAGAUAUAACUGCCCCACUAGGUUUAAAUGCACUGCAAAUGAACUUGGAUCUUCCUGAUUUAAACAAGAACUGUUCUUUGGUUGAGGCCGAAGCAUCUAAUUUCACUUUCAAGGAGCUCUCAUCUCCAAAUCACGGUCCAAAGUCAGUCUGGACGCAGGACUCUGGUAAUCCACAAAUAGCAAAGGCAAGAGCUAUGUCGAUAUCUGAAGGUAUCCCAGUGUGUGAGAGCCCAAGGACACAGGCUCCAACAUGCCAUGAUUCUAGACAACUGGAAUCUUCUGGUGUCUUUGACCAAGUUGGCCAUAAUAGCCAAGGCAGUGAGCAACCCCCUGAGGAAGAUGGAAGAGCUAUUGAAAGAGAGGACAGCAAAUAUGGUGGUGAAGAGACAAGUGUUGUGAGUCUUGAUGGCGAAGGAAGACCACCAUCCUGUAGAGAUUUAAUAGUAACUCCUGAUUCACAGAUUUAUCUGUAUGAUUCUCAGCCUGUGGAUCACCCUGUUGAUGGUGAAAUCCAUAUCACUGCCUCAUCACUGGGGACCUCAACAGAGACAGAUUCUCUGGAGGAAGGUGCUGGCAAGAGAGCCAGAGAUGGUACUGUUGUGCCAUGUAAAGAAUCAGAAUCUACACAAGAGCCAGAAAACCAGAAUCUGCUUAAGCCAUGUCAGCUGAACAGAAUGGAUUGUGGAGAAGUACUGAGCAGUGAUGCAGACGUCUGGACUUCCAGCAAAAAUGACAUAUCUGGUAAAGACUUAUAUGAAGUUGCUCAGGGUACUGCUUCUGAGAUCCUUCAAAGUAUACCAUCAGGGGAGGGUCUGUCCAACGCAGACAGACAGAGUGUAGAAUUCAGCCCAGAAUCAUUCCAGGCACAAGACACUACCAUAAGUUAUCUGGAAACCCCAAUGAGGAGCCUUGAGAUUCCAGAAAAGGAAGCGGGAGCAGAUACACAUUGCAUGGAACAACAAACUUUAAUCAGUGAAUCACCAUGUUCAUUAGUUCUUGAAGAGGAUGGAACAGCAUGUGGCAACAUGGAGACCCCAGAUGUGGCUCAGCCAACAAAGCCUUUGACCCCAACACCUGCCUCGGAUCAGGCCAUUCCUCCAGAGCCUGCUUCCAGCCACUUAAAUCAGCUCAUGCCAACUGUGUCAGACUACAGUGAGUCUGCUCAAUUUUUAAGCCCUGCACCUAAUGCAGACACCCUUGCUCAGCCCCUCACUCCUGCUCUUGCACCCAGUCAGCCCAGUCAGCUCCUAGAACAACUGCCCUCUCCCAGUCAAGCUUGCCAGUUUUUAGCCCCAAAGUCCACUGCCGUUAAGGCGCCACAGUCUUCAGUCCCGACACCUGACAAUAAACUAUUUAAUCAGCCCCCAGCGACGGAAUGCAAUUCCAACCAACAUAUGCCACAUCCACUCCAUUCUGAUUCAAUGUUUCCUGCCGAUCACCCCAUUCAACUAGCAAACUCUAGCCAAACCAGGGAAUCUGUAGCUCCUGAGUUUAACUCCAACCCCACAGCCUUUGCUCUUAACAGGGACCUUCAGCUUCCACAUCCAGCUUCCAGCUCCAACAGGCCUCCAGCUCCUGAUGGUGAUCAGUUUGCCCAACAACCAGUUGAAGCACCAGAGUCUACUCUACCUGUUAACUAUAUAGAUGGGGGUGGUUGUGUGUUUGUUGCCGACUGCAUCUCUCAGACCAUAUCCUAUGCUGCUGAAGCCGAAAAGCUUACCCAGGCUCCAAACAUAGACAGCAGAGUUGAAGAAUUCCCUGUUGUACAGUUGGCCGAUUCAGAAGGGGCAGGUACUUCACAAGGCCAGAAGGGCAGGAAUAUACACGAAGCAUCCAGUCUAUUGGAGAUACACCCAGAUGUUGGCAUUUCGGGAAACAGUGAGCCAGUGGAAGACUCCUCCUGCAGCAUUCCUGAUACUAUGGAUAUAUGCGAUGGGAAGUCAUCAAAUAAAUACAGCCUCCAUCCCUCAGUAAGGAGUCAGAAAAUGUCUGAAGCUGCAGAGGCCAGAAGUCCAACGCAGCCUUCACUUAUAGCUUUCACCAACCCAAUACACUUUUUCCAGCGAGGCCCUCCAUCUCCACCAACUAUCAGACACCCAUGCAGAGAACAGGCUGCCUGUCAAGGGCCGCAGUGGUGGCAGCAGUCCCAGAGAGGAGAUGCUAAGAGAGACGCAGAGGACACAGUCCCACCUGUGCUUCCCAGAAAAGAAGGUGGAGCCAGGCACCUACGCUUAGAGAAAUGUACUAGUUGUCCAAAUAAAAGUGUAGACGCAAAAGAACCAACAUCCAGUUCAAAGAAACAGGAAGUGCUAAGCAAACACCGGGCAAAAAGCAAAGACUGGCAUCGGCAGGGUUUGAGAAAGAUCUCAAUACCAACGGACAAUGAAUUAGGUGAGUGACUUUUAAUCCCUGUUCCUUAUCAAAAUGACAAGAAAAGUGAAAGGAGGUUGCUCCCCGGCCACGCCCCCAGCUGUGCCGAUUGGACAGCUGGGGGUUUGACAUGGCCGGGAGUACCCAUGACGUGGGUGGCAUGCCUCCGCCCUCCAGCCGGGUCACUGGGGGGUCCCGGAUGCCGGUCCGCAACACCGCCCCCCAGGGAAGGAGAGCAGACCUGUUAUAGACUAACAUCAGUCUACAGUGGUACCUCGGGUUACAUAUGCUUCAGGUUACAUACACUUUGGGUUACAGACUCCGCUAACCCAGAAAUAGUGCUUCAGGUUAAGAACUUUGCUUCAGGAUGAGUACAGAAAUCGUGCUCCGGCGGUGCGGUGGCAGCGGGAGGCCCCAUUAGAUAAAGUGGUGCUUCAGGUUAAGAACAGUUUCAGGUUAAGAACGAAUUAAGUACUUAACCCGAGGUACCACUGUAUCUGAAAGACAGCUCCCAACUUUAAAAGAACAUAAAAUGAGUCCUGCUGGACUACACCAAAUAUCCGUCUAAUCAAGCAUCCCAUUUACAACAGUUGCCAGCUAGAUUUCUGCAGAGCAUGUAAGCAACAGACUUUCUCACUAUGUCCCAAGCACCUGAAAAUCUGAGGUAUAUGGUCUUUGAACAUGGAGGUUCCAUUUAGUUACCAUGGCUACUGAUCAUUGAUAUAUCUGUCUUUAGAUUUCCCUUUUGAACCCCUCUGAGCCAUGCACGGGCCUUUAGCACAUCAUAUAGCAGUGCUGAUUUGGCAGAUUCUCAGAGGAUAUAGUGAUUAAUAUCAUAAAACUGGAACAAACAGAGAGAGGCUCUGUUGUCCGCAUGCUCUGCUUUUGGGCUUCUGGCAAGGAUCUGGCUAGACAUAGUUGGAAAAGGAGAUGGACAUGAUAUAACCCAGCAGGGUCAUCUUGUGUGCUUAUUGCUGGGAACUGGUCUUCAGAUAAAUACAGUGGUACCUCGGUUUUCAAACAUACGGUAAUCUGUUCCGGAAGUCCGUUCGAGUUCCGAAAUGUUCAAAAACCGAAAGUGGAAGCCUCAAUACGGAAAACUCAAAACGGAAGCCGCGUUUCCUGUUCGAGUUCUGAGGCGCCUUCGAAAACCAAGGCACUUACUUCCAGGUUUUCGGCGUUCGAGUUCCUAAAUGUUCGUCUACAGAGGCAUUCGAAAACUGAGGUUAUCACUGAAAAGCAUGAAAAGAAAUGCAAGUAUGGUCAGAAACUAAAAUGGUGCUGUGCAGAUAGCCGAUAGCAUCUGUGAUAAUGAACUGGGAAGCCCUUGUGAGUGGUUCGGAACCAUGAAAGCCACCUGAAUCACAUGGGGAGAUAUUUUGUGCACCAUCUUAGUGAUGUGCCACUACGGUGCUAUUUACAUUGGGCCGUCAUGGGCUGCAAGAUUCUUGGCAAAAUCUAUUGCCUCCCAUGAAACAGGAGGAAGGCUACGACACCUGUGGUGUCACUGAGUAGACACCUCCCCAAUGAGUGAAUGCUAGUUUCUCAAUUUAGGGGUAGGGCUUUAAUCAGAAAUGUAGGGUUGGGAGGGACACCCAAGGUUCAUCUAGUCCAACCUUCUGCAGUGCAGGAUCACACCUAAGAGAAGAGAUGCAAAACACUGCUCUUGGAGACAGUCGUAUUGAGAGCAAAACAUAUUGCCUUUCCCCCUGUGGGGGACUGACCACUGAAAGGGAACAGACACACCAUGUAUCUCUGUGCACAGAGACAUGUUGUCCUCCCAUUGGCUCUUUCCUGCAGUAUACAGUGGUACCUUGGUUUAAGAACAGCUUCGUUUAUGAACAACUUGGAUUAAGAACGCUGCAAACCCAGAAGUAGGUGUUUUGGUUUGUGAACUUUGCCUUGGAAGCAGAACAUGUUCCGCUUCCUGUUGAGUGUGUUCCAUUUGUAAAUUGAGUCCCCCGCUGCUAUGGGAAAGCACGCCUUGGUUUAAGAAUGCUUUGGUUUAAGAACGGACUUCUGGAACGGAUUAAGUUCGUAAACCAAGGUACCACUGUAUAGUCCUUCUCUCCACCUGCUGCAAUGAGCUACCUUUCCAUUUUUGCAGCUGAGAAGUUGUGACUGAAUUACAAGCUCUUCAGCACUUAAUUUUUUUUGGAAUAAGGCAACCCCACUAUCUUUUCCAUUUUCAGAGUUUAUAGCAUCUCUUAUCUCGUCAAAGGAGGAAGCCCCUGCACACAGAGAAAAAUCAGACCAUUUCGACAGAGUGAAAUUUGGGUGAGUCUCUUCCCAUAAGCAUUUUUGUACUGAGCCACUGGACAGCCUCUUGUGGCAGUGGAAUUAAAUUCCUUCUAGUGCUUUCUGAAUGUUUAAUGUACUGCUCGCGCUAUGUCACAGGAACGAAGAACCAGUGUGGUAGAUAGAUAGAUAGUUUAUUACGGCCAUAGGCCCAUAUUCAAUACAUCAUACAGCAACACAGGUAUAACAAGAUAAAAUUGAUAAAUUAAAUUACGUUUAAAUCAAGUACAUCUCAGACCGUAAGUUUCUAAAUUCCAUUAAAAUAAGAACAAUAUAGCACUUAAAAUAUCAAAUUAUCAGUAUAAAUCAAUAUUAUUUAGGCAAAAUCAAUAAUAAUAGAGUAAUCCAUUUUUCUUUUUAUAGGCUAAUACUGUUAUCAGAAAUCUGGCAACAGAAAGGGACCUACUCGGAUCAGAAUCUUGCAAUAAAUGAAUUAACUGUAUUUCCAAGGAGUCACCUGAGAUUUCCAAUAAUAAAGGGGACAAAAAUCUGAUCCGAGAAACUGAAUGUAGUGAACAACAGAAUAGUAUAUGUUGUAAAGAUUCUAUAGAUCUAUUAUCACAUACACACACCGCUGAGAUCCGACCAUUGGAAAAUCUAUUAUUCAAGACAUUGGAAGGAAAGGCAUUAAAUCUUGCUUUAAUAAAGGCAUAUCUGUGGGCCGCUACAGACAAAGAAGUCAAAUAAGAUGGUAUCUGCUGUGAGGGCACUAUGCCAAGAUUUAAUGGUGAGCAAGUGCCACUACCCGAAAUGGUGUUUUGUUGUAGGUCAAUCUCCUCAAGUUUUUGAGUGAGGAUUUUUUUUGCUGUGGCUAGGUCCAAUUCCAAUAAUUCUGAUGGAGACAAUCCAUAGGUCACUACUUUAGAAUUGAUCUCUUUUGCCCCUAGGACAGGAAAAUUAUCUCUCCAGAGGCAUUGGAUCAAAUACAGAUUCGGGAGCCUAUGCCUUAAGGACAACCAGUAACAAAGGCUGCGCCUCCAAAGUGUAUUUUCUAAAGAUGUAGUUUUUAAUUCUAAAUGAAUAGCUUCGUUGCUAACGCACUGAGGAAGUUUUAGCAGUCGUCUUAGAAAUUGAUUUUGAAUUACCUCCAAGGGCAUCAAGUUUACUGCGGUCCCCCAUAAAGGAACAGCAUAUGCCAAUGUUGCAAUUACUUUAGCUUUGAAUACUUUCAGGGCAGAUGGAACAUGAAGAGCCCCGUCCAAAAAGAAAAAGCGCAAAAGCGCAAAGGAUAGGGCCUUGGCCUUGUUUAAAAUAUGUGCAAUGUGGGCCUUCCAACCCAGAUUAUAUUGGUCAGUGUUGUAUAUCAGCAGUUACAAUGUUGGGUUUCCAAUAAGUGAAAAGCAAGUUCAAAUCCUUCCUCGGCUAUGAAGCUGACUGGGUGACCUGCCUUGGACAAAUAAAUUAAGCCCCCCUGAAAUACUUAAUUGCCUUUACCCCCAGUUUAGGUAUGCAAAAAAGCUUCUGCCCACAUGGUUCAUUCCAGCCCAAUGUUUAUUCUCAACCCCUCAAGAGAUCUGCAAAUAAAACAUUAGACAUGUUGGAAAAGCUUGCUGAGCUUGGAUAUGGGAUUCAGGAGCUCAUUGAUGCUCACCUCAAAGAAGAGGGGAGCCUCCCGAGAACCCCAAGUUCUCCAGCUCAAAUUAAAAUCUACCCUCAAGAACAACAGCUUUGCACAGUUUGAGGAGACCCUGCAAAGGACCUGAAAUUAGAGCAACUUAGAGAAGCUCCAGCAGGCUGCCAACCUAUUGAACUGCUCAGGGGAAGAGACAGCAUGUCUGAACUACACUGUUUGUGGGGGGCUUCAGGAAGUGUUUUGAGGUUCUGCAGGCUCUUUAUUCCCCCUUGGGCUGCAGAUGUGGAACCAUAAUUUGCAGUGAGGAUAUUGCAGUUUUGUAAGCCUCCAUGAAUUCACUGUGGCUGCAAAUGACAGCUUUGGGGCUGGGUGGGGCAGGGCGUGAAGUGGUUGAAUUCAGAUAGCCUGACCUAUUUCCCAGCCAAUUACCCAUUUUUAAAAGCUCAGCUUAUUUCCAGGUCAAUCCAAUGUGAGCUGUGGAAAGCUCCUCCUUCUGUAUAGGGCAGGCGUGCCCAAACUUUUUCCAAAGAGGGCCAGAUUUGAUGAAAUUAACAUGCGUGAGGGCUGACCAAAGUUGUUGGGCUUUUUUUUAGGAUUUUACCCCAGGAGAUAAACUGCCACAGAGGCCGGAUUAAGAUUGAGGCCGGAUGUGGGGCUGUGGCAUGUCUAACUUGCCUCACAGAGUUGUUGUAAAGAUAAAUGUUAUGUACUGAAGUUCUCACCCUGGGCCAGCAGGGGGAUACUGUAGAUAGUUAUGCAAAUGAAGGAUCGAAAGUGACGUUCAGUGAUUGGCUAGUUUGUAUGCAAAUGAAGGAUUGAAAGUGAUGUUCAGUGAUUGGAUAGUUUUAGAAAGUUGCAACAGUUACGUUGUUCUGGAGCUCUAUAUAAGCAGGCUGACUGAGCUCCUCAGUUCAGUUCUGUUCUGGCAUCUGAAUAAAGAAGAGCUGCUUGAAAAAUCGUUGUGUUGUCUGAUAUGUUCACCCACAACUUAACAAUAAAUUAACCUGAAGAAAUCUGCCAAAUGCUCCUUGGAAGAACAAACUUCCAAGAAGAAGCUUUAUUGUGGUUUCUGCCUUGCCAUUUUCCUCAGCGAGAGUAGGCAAUGUAGGCUAUGAACCCAGCGUUUAAAAUGGUAGCUGUAACUGAUGAGAUCCAAUGCUCAGGUUAUACUAUCCUCUUUGUAGACCUUAUUGAUUUUCCUCAUAUUUGUAUACUAUUCACAUCUUGAUGUUUUCCAUUCCCUGAAAGAGAAAAGAAACUGCUAGAGACAGCAGAAACCAUCAAACGGCGGCGCUCCAAAUUAAUCAACUCGUGUAAGUACUUCCUGCCUAACGAAGUUCUCUCUGUGCUAAAAAACACUCUGCAGGUGCAGAAUAAUUGCAAUAAUAAUAAUAAUAAUAAUAAGAAGAAGAAGAAGAAGAAGAAGAAGAAGUAUUUAUACCCUGCCUCAUCUGGCUGGGUUUCCACAGCCACUCUGGGCAGCUAUCAACAGAUUAAAAACAGAAAGUAAUAAUUAAUAAUAAUAAUAAUAAUAAUUUAUUUGUACCCCGCCCAUCUGGCUGGGUUUCCCCAGUCACUCUGGGUGGUUUCCAACAAAGAUUAAAAAUACAUUAAAAUGUCACACAUUAAAUACUUCCCUAAACUUUACAUUAAAUACGUCCGUAGUAUGCCCCACGGAGAGCCUCAAGGUCCAUAAAUAGCAACACCCUUGUGGUCCCGGGCCCUAAGGAAGUCAGAUUAGCCUCAACCAGAGCCAGGGCCUUUUCAACACUGGCUCCGGCCUGGUGGAACGCUCUGCCUCAUGAGACCAGGGCCCUGCAGGAUCUGAUUUCUUUCCGCAGGGCCUGUAAGACAGAGUUGUUCCGCCUGGCCUUUGGCUUGGAGCCAAUUUGAUUCCCUCCCUCUCUUUCUUUUUUCUUUUCCUUCUCCCUCUGCAAUGAGGCUACAUUUUAAUAUUUUAAUGUUUCAAUAUUUUAAUGUUGUAUUUUUUAAUUUUGUUUUUAAGUUGUAAUCAUUUAACUUGUUUUUAUUAUUGCUUGUAAGCCACUCUGAGCCCGGCCUUGGCUGGGGAGGGUGGGGCAUAAAUAAAAAUUAUUAUUAUUAUUAUUAAACAGGGCUGCCUUCAGAUGUCUUCUAAAAUCAGAUAGUUGUAUAUUUCCUUGACAUCUGAUGGGAGGGUGUUCCACAGGGCGGUCACCACCACCAAGAAGGCCCUCUGUCUGGUUCAAGCCUUUAAGUGUGGGGUUCAUUUAAAUUUUCCCAGGGUUACCAACAGACAAGAGUGUUUAACUGAGGAACAAUGAAAACAUAAAAGCUGUGUCUGACGUGAAUGUGAUUAGAACUAGUAAUCUCCACCCUAACCCCAUUCCCACCCAGCUAAUCCCAUCUACCCCCCACUCUAAACUGACAAAACUCCCUGCUGUGAUUCCAUGCUCCCUUCAGUUCCUCUUCCCCACUAUUUCAUUCUACCCCCUCCAAACAUGGUUUGGAUGUGGCUACGUACACAUUAAAUUAUAUAUGCUUUUACAAAAGUGUGCUUAGACCAGCCAUUUAUAUUUUGGAGGAAGAGCAGUCACAGGUCCCUGUUCUGGAAUGUCUUCCUAUUCUAGAUUGGAGCCCUCGUUCAGGUUUCUGCAUCCUUCAAUGUUAUUUUCAAUGAAAGAGAGAUGGUAAAGAAAUCCUAAAGCAUCUUAGCGGCAGCAGUGUAGCUUGAAAGGGGAUAUCAAACAUGAGCCUAAAGCAGAGUGUUAUUCUCCCUGCUUUUUCUUCUUUUUGCAGAAAAUGGGAGUAGAUAUAGAAACAACUCUAGCAUCUUACUUAAUUUAUCUCCUUAUUUUUGUUCUCAGAGCUGGGUUGGCCUGAGAGAAAAGUGCUGAUGCGGGAUGGAUUUAUUUUAAAAAAUAAAAUAAAUCUAUAAACUCAUUAGUAACAAUGAAUUGGAUGCUAACUGCAGAUUCAGCAAGCUUGGCAAUUUCAAAAGUUUUAGCUUUGCUUACUAAAUAAAAGUAAGAUAAAAAUGCUAAAUUAGACCUCUCUCUAGGGCAUCUAGGGACGCGGGUGGCGCUGUGGGUUAAACCACAGAGCCUAGGACUUGCCGAUCAGAAGGUCGGCGGUUCGAAUCCCCGCGACGGAGUGAGCUCCCAUUGCUCGGUCCCUGCUCCUGCCAACCUAGCAGUUCGAAAGCACGUCAAAGUGCAAGUAGAUAAAUAGGUACCGCUCCAGCGGGAAGGUAAACGGCGUUUCCGUGCGCUGCUCUGGUUUGCCAGAAGCGGCUUAGUCAUGCUGGCCACAUGACCCGGAAGCUGUACGCCAGCUCCCUCGGCCAAUAAAGCGAGAUGAGCGCCGCAACCCCAGAGUCGGCCACAACUGGACCUAAUGGUCAGGGGUCCCUUUACCUUUACUAUAGCAGUGCUGAUGGUCACUGCCUUUGGCAGAUUCUCAGAGGAUAGAGUGAUCAAUAUCAUAAAACUGGAACAGAGAGAGGCUCUGUUGUCCGCAUGCUCUGCUUUUGGGCUUCUGACAAUGAUCUGGCUAGACAUAGUUGGAAAAGGAGAUGGACAUGAUAUAACCCAGCUCCCUCGGCCAAUAAAGCGAGAUGAGCGCCGCAACCCUAGAGUCGUCCAUGACUGGACCUAAUGGUCAGGGGUCCCUUUACCCUUUACCUUUACCUAGGGCAUCAAAAAAAUAUUCAAACACAAACUAAAUAUCAGCCUAUUCUGCACAGGAAAAAAUAUUUCAGAGAAAACCACAUCACUGCAGCAGUCUUCAGAGGGAAAAGGUGAUGUUGGGGCUGGGGAACAUUUUAUUCCCUUAUCCAACUGCCCCUUUUGUUGCUAAAGUCUAGUCACCAGAUCCCACUUUAUACAUGAAUUGGGAAGUCAUGUAAACAACAAACGUGGCUGCCCUCAUUAUGCCUACUUUGCCCCAGUGUCGUCCAGUGAAAUAUUAAUAAUAUAUCUAUUGCUUAUAGAAAAGCCCCAGCUGUUCUAGAAAUUAUCUGUUUUGUCAGCCAUGGUGAAAGGGUCCAUACGGGUCCAUAUGACCAGCGAAUGGAAAUUUCAAGCCCCUUCCCAGAAUUUUAGCUUUCAGGUUUUUAAAAAAGUCUGACAUAGGAAUGCCAGAGAAUUCUAUCAGAAACAGAAAUAGGAGAAAAAAUGGACACAAUUUGCAUGUGUGUACAAGGUCAGGAAUGGAAACCACACAAAGAAAUAUACCGUACUUUUCGCUCUAUAAGACGCACCAGACCACAAGACGCACCUAGUUUCAGGAGGAGGAAAACAAGAAAAAAAAUAUUCUGAAUCUCAGAAGGCAGAACAGCAAGAGGGAUCGCUGCGCAGUGAAAGCAGCAAUCCCUCUUGCUGUUCUGGCUUCUGUGAUAGCUGUGCAGCCUGCAUUCACUCCAUAAGACGCACACACAUUUCCCCUUACUUUUUAGGAGGGAAAAAGUGAGUCUUAUAGAGCAAAAAAUACGGUAAGUGGUCUGAGCUGUUGUUGUAUUUUUACUCCACAAGGAUGGAGAUGCAAAUAACUUAUGUUUUGGCAGAAGCCAGCCUGCAAAUGAAUGGAAACUGCGCUGUUUGCGACAAACAGAGAUAGGACAGAAAUUGCUGCCUCCUUGCAUCCCUAGUCUGUAGCUCUAAAAUUAACAGAGUUGUGAGGAGUGGGGGAAAGAUGCAGGAAAGAAUUCUUCUCAUUUGCUCAGAAAUGUUGUAAAGCUGCAAAUACACCUGUUCUAUUGACAAGCUGUUGGUAAUUAUUUUUAAGCAUCAAGUAACAUUUCCAGUGUUAUGAAAAUUAAACACCAUCAUUUUACAUGUAUAAAUGGAAAUAUAUUUUUGCUGGUCCAAGGCCAAUAACAGCAGAAAUAGCCUUAUCCUUUUCAGAAUCUUCCUACUACAGUCGUAUCUUAGUUGCUGAACGCCUUGGAACUUGUACGUUUCAGCUCCUGAACAAUCGAAAACUGGAAGUGAAUGAUUCUGAAUGAUUUUCAGAAGCCAAACGUCCUCUGUGGCUUCUGAUUGGCUGCAGGAUGCUCCUGCAGCCAAUCAGAAGGUGCGUCUUGGUUUUCGAACAGUUCUGGAAGUCAAACGGACUCCUGGAAUGCGUUCUGUUUGAGAACCAAGGUACGACUAUACAUCUCUGUUUCUAAGCGGUCAUUUCAUUUCAAUGUUUAUUUUUUCUAUGUUUAUACAACAACAUUUGAAUGUAAGUUGUUUAACUUCAGGCUGUUUGGAAUUUAAAAUGCAGUGUGUUUACUGCUUCACACUGACAAAUUAAACCUUGUCCCUGCCUCUCCUCAGUGUGCCCUAACCCCACCACAACCACCUCACCACCCGCAUAAUAGCUCUGGUUGCAGGCCUGGUGUGUUGAGUCAGAAUUGUUAAGACUUGGUGGUUUUUCUUCACAGCAAAGUUGCUCUACCAGGAAUACAGCGAUGUUGCACUGAACAAAGCCAUUCAAAGUCAAAAGAGAGCAGAUUCCUUGACCGAAGAUUUGGAGUAUAAAUCCACGGACUCCCCGAGGUUACGAAGAAAAAACAUCUCCCCUCAGGAUUCCUACCUGCAACGCCUGUCCGUCUCAUCCUCGACGUCCCUGUGGCAGGACAUCCCCAUGGUCCGAGAGAGCACUGUCCUGCUGAGCAUGACCCGUGAGGAGCAGAAGUUGCAGGAGGUAAUAGAGGAGGAACGCAGCCAGGCAUAUUUGACUAGAGAGGAGGCUAACUCAAUAUGGCUAGUGGUAGAAACAGCUGGCCUAGAGGAGGCGAGCUGGAAGAUGGAGCAAACCAGACGAAUGGGGUAAGAGUCCAAAUGGAAAACUGAAGGAUGGGCAGAGAGCUGCAGAAUCAGAAUCAGGGAAGUUGGCAUGCUGGUUUGAAAUAAGCAACUAGCAGCCAACAGCUCUGCAGCAUUAAUUUACUUUAUCAGAGUUCUGUGGGGAUUACUCUCGAGAUAGACGGAUGCCCACAACCAAUGCCGUAUUUACGUAUAAGCUAAACAAGCUAUAGCUUAAGGCCCCACUCUCUUAAAGGUAAAGGUAAAGGGACCCCUGACCAUUAGGUCCAGUCGUGACCGACUCUGGGGUUGCGGCGCUCAUCUUGCUUUACUGGCCGAGGGAGCCGACGUUUGUCCGCAGACAGUUUUUCUGGGUCAUGUGGCCAGCAUGACUAAGCCGCUUCUGGCGAACCAGAGCAGCGCACGGAAACGCUGUUUACCUUCCCGCCGGAGCGGUACCUAUUUAUCUACUUGCACUUUGACGUGGUUUUGAACUCUCUUAGGGGCUCCCCAAAAAAAAUUUAAGGGAAAAAAACCUGGAUGUACAUUUCCAAAAUAUAAGAUAAAAAACAAAUAAAUUAAACCUACAUACAGCAACAGUGUUUUGUGUUGUGUUGGCUCCUAUGAUGUAAUAUUUUGUUAUGUGCAAAUGGCUUUAGAUGCCUAUUAGGUCCAUAAAUUACCACAAAAAACAGCGACAAUUUGUUGUUGACAAAGGACAGCUGGACAUAUAAAGGGCCCCAUUGCCUUCAGUAGCUUAGGGCCUCAUCAAACCUAAAUCCAGCCCUGCCCACAACAUAACUCACAGGCAACGUAGGAUUGCAACCUUCGAAUACACAAGGAAGGGGUGACAAAUUGUUUGAAAUCAUUCAGAAGGGUUGCAUGUAAGAUGAAAAUGAAGGGAAAGAUCUUAAGGACCAAUAGGCUGGCAAAAACAAUCAAACAGGUUUUCCUUUAGGAGUGGAUCCAGGAGGAAAGGACAAAAAGGAAAGGAGACAGUGACGGGGAGAUGGAGCAAGAGAACAGCAAAUGUUCAAUAUCCCAAAUCUAGGCAGGUGGAAGGAUGGAGGUUUCCAAGGUUGACCCCUGAGACAUUCAUAGGAUGUUUGGUUGUGUGAUGCUGAAUGUUAUGUACUGAAGUUUCACCCUGGGCGAGCAGGGGGAUACUGUAGAUAGUUAUGCAAAUAAGGGCUUGAAAGUUUCCUUCAGUGAUUGGAUAGUUUUAGAAAAUUGUUACAGUUACGUUGUACUGGAGCUCUAUAUAAGCAGGCUGACUGAACCCUUCAGUUCAGUUCAGAGUUCAGUUCUGGCCUGUGAAUAAACAAGAGCUGUGUCGUCUGAUAUGUUCACCCACAACUUAACACUGAAUGCAAUUCUUGAUCGGCUGGUUUGGAUAGACCAGUUCCAGGCCUCUCUUCUGAUGGACAAUGAAGCGAGAGAUACAGUUGCUAGCUGUGUCUCCAUCAAGAACAUGCAGAUACGAUCUACUCCCCUUGAGGGUUUUCCUUUUCCGUUUAAUUCCAUCUCAAAUAAUUCAUUGCUUCUCGGAGUAUCCUGUGCUCUAAAGCUUAUGUUCUCCACAUUAUUAACAGGCCAAGUUUGAACUGAUUGUAUCAGAAGCCUCAUACCUGCGGAGCUUAAAUGUGGCCGUGGACCACUUCCAGCACUGCCACGAACUCCAAGCUGUCUUAACGAAUCAAGAUAAACAGUGGCUUUUCUCCCGCCUUCAGGAUGUACGUGACGUUAGUGCCAAGUGAGUUCUGGUCUUCCUGUUCUGCUUGUACAGCUAUCACACCGAAACCCUGGACGUCUCGAGCCAAUGCAAUCAAUAGAUACUUGCCUGUGCCUCAUAACUGCAUAGUACUUUGCGCUAGACUAUACACUGUGGGUGGGCAGACCACUGUCAGCAUCAGUUUUCCAUACUCUCAUUCAUAUAUUCUGUCCUGUUUCCAAAUUACCGUAUUUUUCGCCCUAUAGGACGCACUUUUCCCCCUCCAAAAAUGAAGGGGAAAUCUGUGUGCGUCCUAUGGGGCGAAUGCAGGCUUUCGCUGAAGCUUGGAGAGCGAGAGGGGUCAGUGCGCACUGACCCCUCUCGCUCUCCAGGCUUCAGGAAGCUAUCAGCAAGUCUGGGGAGCCCACGGAAGUUCCCACAGGCUCCCUAGGCUGCGGAUAGCAGCCUGCUGCCCGGAGCGCGGGGUGGGCUGAAGCAGAGCGCCCCGCGCUUUGCGCAGAUAUCCUUUUCUCCUCUAAAAACUACGGUAGGUGCGUUUUUAAAAGCUCGGGCUUCCCCCGCGGCUGGGGGGGGGAAUAAUUUUUUUCCCUUUAUUCCCCCCCCAAAAAAAAACUGGGUGCGUCCUAUGGGCUGGUGCGUCCUAUAGGGCGAAAAAUAUGGUAAUCUGCAACUUUUAAAAAAGCCAAAUGAAAAUUCAUAUUUGAAUGCAUAUUUUAUUUUAUAUUUAUUUAUAAGGCCAUUUAUAAAACUGCAAACUCGUAAAAAUAUUGUGGCAGUGUAUAAUAAAAUAAUUAAAGUGUUUUAAAAAAUCAUAAAAUGCAGACCAAUACUGAAUCAAAUUAAUUAUUUUAAAAUGCUUGUUGAAACAAACAUUUUCAGCAGGCAACAAAAUACUAGAAUUAGAGUAAAACCUGGAUUCUGGUCUCCAUGUUUAUGUAGCCCUGAAAAAAGCCCACAACAACACAACUAAAAGUUUUGUUAGUAUUUAAUGUUGUAACAUUGUUUAACAUUGUGUUUUAAUUUUUUUAGCUUGUUGCAUAUUUGCCUAGAAUGCUGUUCAGCAGAUGAAUAGAAUAGAAAUGACUGAAGGGUUUGUCCACGCUUCCACUUGUCCCCUGCCUAGAAAGCACAGGUCUGAGCAGUUUUCUCCUUGCCCUGCUCCUUUUCCAGGGAAAGCCUGCUUUUUGGUGCUAAAUCAGAGCAAACAUCAAUCCAAUUGAACACUAAAGAGUAGUUUUCCCUGGGGCAAAGCAUCAAGAUAAGUCGAAAUGUGGAUAAGCCCUAAAUCUUUAUAUAAUCACCCAAGCAAGGUGCAACAAGCACUCCUUCUCCCUGGUCUCCCAGAACCAGAAGAGGUAUGCAGUGAGAGGAGCAAAGACAGUCAUGCAGGCACAGUCUCAGAUUGCUUGGGGGAAACCCUGGCGAUGAGGGGACUUAGGCAGCUGUGGGGAGGCUUUCAGCCUCAGCAACUGCUUCUUGGGAAAUGAGUUGCUGUGCCUCACACUCCUGUGCAGAUCCUGUUGCUGCUAAUAAGGAGUCAACUCCAACUUGCUCGGGUGAUUUACUGCAGGCUCACUCUUGUCACACAAUGAGUAAGAAUUUCCUUACAGCUUGCACGUAGAAAUAGUUAUUUUUCUAGAGAAGGAGAAAGGUUAAAAAGUUGGGGGAAGUGCUGUAAUUCUGGUCUCCAUGUCUCACUAUUCUCUUCUGGGGGGUUCCUGCAGCUUCCUAUUUGACCUGGAGGAGAAGCUUGAGGAGAACAUGUUCACCUUCAAUGUGUGUGAUGUGGCUCUGAGGCAUGCGCCGGAAUUCCGGAGGGUUUACCUGCCGUAUGUGACAAACCAGACGUACCAGGAGCAGACCUUUCGGCGACUACUGUAAGAAACCUAAAGAUGCCUCCCUUUCCUAUAUUUUUAUCCUCUUCGUAACACUCCACAAAAUGUCCUUUGUGGCAUAUCUACACCACAGACAAGUCGUCUCCUCUCUUGGGAACUAUCGCUCUGAAAAGGGGUGGGGUGAUAAGGCUCUCUAGCAGACAAUGCUCAAGGUUCUGCAGGGGAACCCAGGACAGUUAAACUGGAACAAAACCUCAUCUAGAGGCGGACAGUUAGGAGAGAUCCACACCACACAUUUAAAGCACAUCUAAUAAACAUUCAGUAGGGACGCGGGUGGCACUGUGGGUUAAACCACAGAGCCUAGGACUUGCCGAUCAGAAGGUCGGCAGUUCAAAUCCCUGUGACCGGGUGAGCUCCCGUUGCUCGGUCCCUGCUCCUGCCAACCUAGCAGUUCGAAAGGCCAUCAAAGUGCAAGUAGAUAAAUAGGUACCGCUCCGGCGGGAAGGUAAACGGUGUUUCCGUACACUGCUCUGGUUCACCAGAAGCAGCUUAGUCAUGCUGGCCUCAUGACCCGGAAGCUGUACGCCAGCUCCCUUGGCCAAUAAAGUGAGAUGAGCACUGCAACCCCAGAGUCGGCCACAACUGGACCUAAUGGUCAGGGGUCCCUUUACCUUUACUUAAUACACAUUCAAAGCAUAUGAUUCCUCCCAAAGAAUCCUGGGAACUGUAGCUGCCCCCCUCACAGAGCUAUAGUUCCCAGGACACUUGACAAACUGUUGUCAGGUUGUCAAGCAAAUUGCCUUUUAUAUAACAAUAGUGCUUUUUGUGGAAGUAUAAAAAGCAUCACAGCAGUAGUUCACAGCAAGCAGAAGAGCCCUAUUUCAAUGGGCCACACCUGAUUCAGUUCAUAAGUGUUUAAGAUACCCAAAACAGAUGUUGGUACAUGAUUUAGUUCAGGUUCCAGGUUAGAGGAAGCACUGUGCCAUUCCAAUCUCAUAUAGAUUUUAUAGAGAGCCAGUGUGGUAUAGUGGUUAAGAGCGGUAGACUCGUAGUCUGGGGAACCGGGUUCGCGUCUCCGCUCCUCCACAUGCAGCUGCUGGGUGACCUUGGGCCAGUCACACUUCCUUGAAGUCUCUCAGCCCCACUCACCUCACAGAGUGUUUGUUGUGGGGGAGGAAGGGAAAGGAGAAUGUUAGCCGCUUUGAGACUCCUGAAGGGGAGUGAAAGGCGGGAUAUCAAAUCCAAAUCCAUGGAUAAAUUCAUCUAUAAAGAGGCAAAUUCCAGGGGAAAUGAUGUUUGCUGCAAUUGGCCAAUGGAUCCUGGCCCUUCCAAGGAGAUUCCAGGGUAUUGUCAGAGGAAUGGCAAUCAACUAAGAUGCAUCUCCCAGAAUUCAAGUCCAUGGUAACAUAUCCUAGAUAACAGCACUUUGUUGUUGUUGUUGUUUAGUCGUUUAGUCAUGUCCGACUCUUCGUGACCUCAUGGACCAGAGCACGCCAGGCACUCCUGGCCUCCACUGCCUCCCGCAGUUUUGUCAAACUCAUGCUGGUAGCUUCGAGAACACUAUCCAACCAUCUCGUCCUCUGUCGUCCCCUUCUCCUUGUGCCCUCCAUCUUUCCCAACAUCAGGGUCUUCUCUUCUCAUGAGGUGGCCAAAGUACUGGAGCCUCAGCUUCAGGAUCUGUCCUUCCAGUGAGCACUCAGGGCUGAUUUCCUUCAGAAUGGAUAGGUUUGAUCUUCUUGCAGUCCAUGGGACUCUCAAGAGUCUCCUCCAGCACCAUAAUUCAAAAGCAUCAGUUCUUCAGCGAUCAGCCUUCUUUAUGGUCCAGCUCUCACUUCCAUACAUCACUACUGGGAAAAUCAUAGCUUUUACUAUAUGGACCUUUGUUGGCAAGGGGAUGUCUCUGCUUUUUAAGAUGCUGUCUAGGUUUGUCAUUCUAGCGCAAUUUAAAUAGAAUGAAAGCCCUAAAGAGGUUGAUGCAUAAUAGUCAGCAUUUUGUUUUAUUUUUCUUACUUUAUUUGGGACAUUUUCAUGCUGUUCUUCAGCCAGUCAGAGAGGCUUACAUAAAGUGGAUAAAAACAGUAGGAAGCAGUAAAACAAUAAAAACAAAUAAGAACAAAUAAUCAGCAAUGAAACCAAGAUCUUUCUUUUGAACCACCCUGAGAUCUUGUGAUGAAGGGUGGUAUAUAAAUAAAUAAGAGGUCUAAAAAGGCCUCACACACAUAAGCUCUAAAAAUAAAGAUAAAAAAAGAUUAAUAUCCCUCCCAACACCACCCCAGCCCAAGAUUCUGUUCAGCCUCCCAGGCCAGGUGGGAAAGUCCCACAAGGCAGGGAGCAAGUCUUCCAGGAGUCACUGCCAAGAUGGUCUCUGAACUUUUCAGCAGCCUCAGCUUUUCUAGUUGGGAGUCAAUCUAAUCUGCCGUGUGUUCUCUCUGGCAGGAAUGAUGUCCCUGCCUUCCAACAGGUUUUGGAGAGACUAGAAAGUGAUCCUGUUUGCCAGCGCCUCUCUCUCAAAUCCUUCCUCAUCCUCCCGUUCCAGCGCAUCACAAGACUUAAACUCCUUCUCCAGGUAAAAGUGUUGGGGACACAGGACUCGCCUUUCCUUGGGCUGGCCAGCCUCAUAAUUAAAUCGACAGUUUUCCUGGCAAUAAAAAUGUAAGCAGCAGGAAAAGAAUUGGUGCCCACUUCUUUAUUGCAAAGAUAUUUGACAUUUACAUGCAUGCAAUGGCAGCAAACCAGAGCUUUGCCAGGUAGAAGUGUGACUCAGUCCAAAAGGUGUCUUCCAGGAGCUUCUGUUUGAAGUUGUUUUGGUGGAGGUGGCAGGAAUUUUAACCUCCUGUAUUUUCAAAACCUGUGCUCUGCCACUCCGCACUCACCUCUUCCCCAGGAGCAUGGCUUAAUUCCAAUAUUUAUACCAGGCAUAGGCAAACUCGGCCCUCCAGCUGUUUUGGGACUACAAUUCCCAUCAUCCCUGACCACUGGUCCUGCUAGCUAGGGAAUAUGAGAGUUGUAGGCCAAAAACAUCUGGAGGGCCAAGUUUGCCUGUGCCUAAUUCAUACCCAUUUCUUUUGGACUCUGGGAAGUUUUAGGAGGAGUGCUGAAACUUGGUCCAUGGAAGCACAACUUCAAAGGGAGUUUGAAAAACUUAUUUUUUUCAAAUAAGUUUAAAAAUUGGAACCCCUGAAAGGCCCUGCAGCCUUCCCUUAGUUCUCUGUUAUCAGCCUAAAGGUGUGGAGCACAUAGUAUCUGUGGCAACAAAACUUUCUGGCAAAUCUCUCUAGGGGAUGGAAGUUGAGGGAUUGACCAACACCUUCUCUCAAAAUUGUCCCCUAUAAAAACUAGCUGCUGACCAGAGGGAUCACCUUUAAUUUACCACUGCCUGAAAAUAAAUCCAUAAAUUAGUCAAGUAUUUAAUCUCUUACCAAAAACCCUUUGCUUCCCUCCUGCAGAACAUAUUGAAGAGAACUCGGCCCGGUGCCGAUGAAGAGGUACAGGCCACUCAAGCAUAUGAUGCACUUGAGAAGGUAAAGGGUGUUGAAACCCAUUCUUCAUCCCUCUCGCCACUUCUGGCUGCCUCACACAAAUGGUUCAAAAGUUUUCUCAACUCUUCCGGGCCACAAAUUCCCAGUAGCUAGAAGCUGAGGUACCCAUGCUGUUGUUUUCUGAGACACAUGGGAUAUGAAUUCCUUAGAUACCCGAGCGACUUCUCUUCCCCUAUUAAUUAAAAACAUGCUGCAAAUAAUGGUUUGGAAGUGGCUCCAAGUUAGUUACAAUGAUGUGCAGUAAUGCAUGCAUGUAACCCAACACUGUGGUUUGGAUGCACAAUGUAUCCGUUCACUGUGUGAAUCAACUGUGUUUUUACUGAGCCAAUGCCAUCGAGUGAGAUUCUGGGGUGAGGGGUGAUUUGAAUCUGGGUCUCCUCAGUCUAAGUCCAGCACUCUGGCCAAGACACAGCUGGCUUCAGAAUAUUCUGAAGUUAUAUGUUCUAUAAAAGUAAAGGGAUCCCUGACCAUUAGGUCCAGUCGUGGUCAACUCUGGGGUUGCAGCGCUCAUCUCGCUUUAUUGGCCGAGGGAGCCGGCAUAUAGCUUCCGGGUCAUGUGGCCAGCAUGACUAAGCUGCUUCUGGCGAACCAGAGCAGUGCAUGGAAACGCCGUUUACUUUCCCGCUGGAGCGGUACCUAUUUAUCUACUUGCACUUUGACGUGCAUUUGAACUGCUAGGUGGGCAGGAGCAGGGACCAAACAACGGGAGCUCACCCCAUCGCGGGGAUUCAAACUGCUGACCUUCCGAUCGGCAAGCCCUAGGCUCAGUGGUUUAGACCACAGCGCCACCCGCGUCCCUAUAUGUUCUAUAAUUAACUACAAAUGUUUGAGUAUUUCCCUCUAAAUAGAGGGUGCCUGGGAAAGUUUAGACUCAAAGGGAUGUAACUUCCAGCAUCGGCAAUAAGACCCAGAUGCAUAUCUUGAACGCUAAAGAAAUCUAGCUGGUGAGCCUUUUCCUGAAGAAGUGGUUGAUCCAAAGUACAGUCAUGCCUCCUUUUGCGUCCGCCCCAUUUAGGGUCCAUUUUGUUGAACGUCCACGGCAAACCCGGAAGUACCGGAACGGGUUACUUCCAGGUUUGCCACUUGCACACUCGCAGAAGUGCUAAAUCGUGCUUCGCGCAUGCACAGAGCGGCGCUUUGUCGAGCAUCCCUUUCAUUGUGCAUCUGGGGCUCCAGAACAGAUCCCGGACGCAAAAGGAGGUAUGACUGUAACCAGUUCCCUCAACGCCAAGCCCUAAUCACAAAAGGAAUAGUGCUGUCUAUGUAACCUCUCCCUUAAGAUUGGUCUUUGUCUGCACUGUUGCUUUUCGUCAUUACUGAGGCCACACAUAGAUGGACCGAGUCAUCUGUGUCCCCUUGUGGAACUGGGUCAUCCCAUGCAUCCAGCCCUACAGCUAUGAGGUACCCCAUGCUGGAAGUUACAUCCCUUUCUCUGCUAUGCUGGAAGAAGCUUACCAGCUUUCUAAGUGAUUGAGGUUUAUCAUUUAGAGAAAAAAGAGGGCCGUGGGUACUUUACACAUAUAAACAGUGGAUCUGAAAUUAGCUUAACUCAGCCAGAGAAUUGGUCUAGCCAAUUGAAGAUUCUUGCAUUUUUUUCUAAAAAGUUGCUCCUGCCAAAACCAGGUGGCUUGAUUCCAUUCUCUGCCUCCUAAACCCAUACCCUGUCACCCUUUCCGCUUUGAGAAGGGGACAGCCACCCCCCCAUUUUUUCCAACACUUCCCCACCCUAAUAGCAUUUUCCUUUCCGCAGCUCAUCAAAGAUUGCAAUGAAAAUGUCCAGCGUAUGAGGAGCACCGAGGAGCUAAUCUACUUGAGUAAAAAUAUGGAGUUUGAAUGCAAGGUAAACGUUCAUUCAGGGGGUUACAGCUUCCCCCGUCUGACACUGUACUGCAACCACCUGCUUUAUUCAUGCAUAGAUAGCCCUGCAUAGUGCUGAUGAUGCCAAGGUCACAGGUUUGAUCCCCCUAUGGGUACAAUUUCUGCUUUGAAGUGGGUUGGGCUAGAUGAUGCUCAGGGUACCUUCCAACUCUGUGAUUCUAUGACCAGAGCUAAUCUACUAGUGAACUGCCCUGGUCACCAAGAGGCCUUCAGCUUAUCCCUAUCUUGCAGAAGGGACAGGAGAACCUGUGUCCUUUCUGAUGUUGGGCAUACAGCCCCCUAACCAUUGGCUAUGCUGGCAGGGAAGUAAUAGUGCCACUGUAUUCUGCUCUGGUCAGACCUCACCUGGAGUACUGUGUCCAGUUCUGGGCACCACAGUUCAAGAAGGACUCUGACAAACUGGAACGUGUCCAGAGGAGAGCAACCAAAAUGGUCAAAGGCCUGGAAACGAUGCCUUAUGAGGAACAGCUAAGGGAGCUGGGCAUGUUUAGCCUGGAGAAGAGGAGGUUAAGGGGUGAUAUAAUAGCCAUGUUCCAAUAUAUAAAAGGAUGUCACAUAGAGGAGGGAGAAAGGUUGUUUUCUGCUGCUCCAGAGAAGCGGACACGGAGCAAUGGAUCCAAACUACAAGAAAGAAGAUUCCACCUAAACAUUAGGAAGAACUUCCUGACAGUAAGAGCUGUUUGACAGUGGAAUUUGCUGCCAAGGAGUGUGGUGGAGUCUCCUUCUUUGGAGGUCUUUAAGCAGAGGCUUGACAACCAUAUGUCAGGAGUGCUCUGAUGGUGUUUCCUGCUUGGCAGGGGGUUGGACUCGAUGGCACUUGUGGUCUCUUCCAACUCUUCUAUGAUUCUAUGAUUCUAGGAGCGGAGGGACCACAGGUUCCCCAGUGCAGUCUUAUAGGCAAGGUUGCCCUCACUGUGAUGGUAUUGGGCUAAGUACAGUAUCCUUCAUGCCAUCAGGCAACAGCUGGGCGGUCUGUGUGCAGAAGGAUGUGUGACCCAUCUACUGGCCACAUCCACCUUCCAAUGUGUAGGCUAGAAUAGUAAUUUUAUCAACUUUCUAGCUUCAGAGAAACCUCCCCACAUUGAUCUGUCGACCAGGAAGCCCUUGCUUCUCUGCCACCCCACCCCCUGGAAAGUAUUCUAGGCCACACACGCAACUCCGUUAAAGCAGGGUGCCAAUGCUCCUUGAGCCUCAUUGCUACUCCUUGGAGACAAGGAGCACACCCAGAACUCACACACACCUGCCAGUUGCAGGGGAAAGCAGUUGUGGGUGGGAAGGUCUUUCAGGAGAGCUUGGCUGCCUGUUGAGAACCCACCCCCCAAUAGAAUCAUAGAAUCAUAGAGUUGGAAGAGACCACAAGGGCCAUCGAGUCCAACCCCCUGCCAAGCAGGAAACACCAUCAGAGCACUCCUGACAUAUGGUUGUCAAGCCUCUGCUUAAAGACCUCCAAAGAAGGAGACUCCACCACACUCCUUGGCAGCAAAUUCCACUGUCAAACAGCUCUUACUGUCAGGAAGUUCUUCCUAAUGUUUAGGUGGAAUCUUCUUUCUUGUAGUUUGGAUCCAUUGCUCCGUGUCCGCUUCUCUGGAGCAGCAGAAAACAACCUUUCUCCUUCCUCCUUGGAAUAGCUUCCAAGCAAUCUUGCUUUCUCACAAAACAAACUGAAAACCACAUUCAGAGGACAGGAGAGUGCACCUCACAGCUCAUUACGACCAAGUCUGGCUUCUGCCUUUCCAAAGCUGACCAUCCCACCUCCCAGGACAUUCUAUACAAGAUCUCAAAGUAGUUGUAAUAUUACGAAAGAAUUUCAGAAAUAGACUGGAAAGAGAAGUUGCUGAAUUACAACUUAUUACCAAACUUUAAACCAUGGAGAGACCUGGUCUGAAUAGAGACAUUGGAUCCUUAUCUCAUUAUGCAUGAUAAAGCUAUUUUUGGCCAUCUCACCCUUUGCUUUUCCCUGUAAGACCAAUUGCAGUCAUUAACAGUCGUCAACUGGUUUACCACACCUAUCAGCUGAUCACCCAUUCCCACCACCCUUCUGAGUAAUACCCCUCCCCAUCCUCUCGCUGGUGACUUCUGUUUCAGUGUAUCUGAAGAAGUGUGCAUGCACACGAAAGCUCAUAUGAAUAAAAAAUUUAGUUGGUCUCUAAGAUGCUACUGGAAGGAUUUUUUUAAUUUUGUUUCAUCCCUAGAGUGGUAUUCUUUCAUCAUCCAUCCCAUAUGCAACUCCUUUUCAGUGGACUAUUCUACAGGCUCACAGAACAAUCCGGAAAAUGGCAUUUUGACACCACUCACCUUUCCUUCCACUAGCCAUUGCCCUCUAGCACUGGAGAUGGGAUAAGAAAUCUUCUCCACCUCUUUGCAGGGAGAAGAGAGCAGGUCUCAAAACUUGUGCCUUGAAGCACUGGAGUUACAAUGAGACCUUUGGGCCUCACCUAGAGCAAUUAUUCUUGCACUUGCAGAUUUUCCCACUCAUCUCGCAGUCACGGCGGCUGGUAAAACGUGGGGAACUCACAGCGUUGGAGUACAACCUGAGCUUGAAGUGGAAACUGACCACCCGGCCAAUCUACCUGCACCUCUUUAAUGACUACCUGCUCCUAUCUCGGCCCAGAGAGUAAGUGUUGGGGGAAGGGUUCCAUUACUCCAUCUGUCACUCAACAUUUAUCCCUCAGCAAUCGUAACAUCCUAGUUAUGCAAACGAGGUGGGUCAAUUCCUUUCCUUUCAAUUUCCUUUCCUUUUAGUAACACAUACCGGUAAAUAAACAUUAUCAUAUUCUUAGUCCUCACCCCCACUUUUACAAGUCCAAAUAUGUAUAAAUAUUCAGUAUAAGAAAGUUUUUGUUAAAUUCUCCCCCCACAAAAAUACUUACUUGACACUCAGUCUUCUUUUUAUUUAUACAAUUUCAGAUUAAUUUUAAAAAAUCACAUGAUUGCAGCAAGAGAAAUGGAUGGAAGAGGUUAUGUUAUAGUAGCUUGGCAUAAUUUUAGAUGGUUUUGCAUUCAAGUGGCACAUUUUUUAAAAAUGGGACUUUAUGUGAAUUUAGGGAAGGUAUGCAUUUUUCCACCUUCCAUCACUAAAAUGUAUUGUUGUGUUAUGUGUGAAGAGCAGGGGGCAACCACUCAUAAUUUGCUAGGGCGCAAAAUACCCUUAUGCCAGCAAUGGCAAGGAGUCCUCUUUCUUACUCAUUAAAACCAAGCUUUUAAAAUGCCCCCUUCCUUUUCUUUCUCUAUCCCCUGCAGGAAUGGGCGCUUUAUUGUAUUUGAUUUUGCUGCUUCCUCGAAUGUGCGUGGAGAGAAGUGUGAAAUGAAACUGCACGGCUCAAGCAAAAAUCUUUUCCGCCUCUUCCUGCUGCAGAACAAUCAGGGGAAAAAAGUGGAGUUCCUCUUCCGUACAGAAACACAGUAAGCAAAAGCCAAAUGUUUUUGCAAUGGAGAACUCCCAGCACCACACCUUCCUUAGUUUAACUUUCAGAGCGAUGAGGAUGAGAUGAUGCCUUGUGCAAUCACGUAUUUACUAAAAGCAACACAGAACUAUCUUUCUUUUAUUACAUGAAGUAUAUCAGUUUUAUUCCACGUAUCAACAGUCUUACCAGCAGGAUUGUAGCAAGGUGAGAAACCUGCAAAGUCUGAAGGGGAGGGCUUGCAAGCUCAGCUCUGCUUCCAGCUGAGGGUUGACCUUGUUUGCUAGCUCCUGCUGGAAUUACCAGCUUCUUUUUGCCUUUUGCACAACUUACUUAUUGUUCCAUUUAUAUUCUCCCUCUCCUCAAAAGAAGCUCAAAAGAAUGGUAAAAAGGGUAUGAUCCAGCAUUAUGUAAUAUCUGCAUUCAUUUACAGAUUUAGCAUAGGCAGAGGCAUAGUUUAGACACUCCAACCGAUAGUUGAAUAUCACCCAGAGCUGACACACUGAAAUUAAUGAACGUUAGGUCUAUUAAGUUCAGUGGCUGCUAAAGGGCUGUGAAAAUUUAUGUCCCAGGCUUUUUAGACUCGUAGAAGGGACGCGGGUGGCACUGUGGGUUAAACCACAGAGCCUAGGACUUGACGAUCAGAAGGUCGGCGGUUCAAAUCCCUGCGACGGGGUGAGCUCCCAUUGCUCGGUCCCUGCUCCUGCCAACCUUAUUUAUCUACUUGCACUUUGACGUGCUUUUGAACUGCUGUUCAAAAGCACGUCAAAGUGCAAGUAGAUAAAUAAGUCCCGUUCCGGCGGGAAGGUAAACGGCGUUUCCGUGUGCUGCUCUGGUUCACCAGAAGUGGCUUAGUUAUGCUGGCCACAUGACCCAGAAGCUGUACGCUGGCUCCCUCGGCCAAUAAAGCGAGAUGAGCGCCGCAACCCCAGAGUCAGCCACGACUGGACCUAAUGGUCAGGGGUCCCUUUACCUUUACCUUUUUUACCCACAUACUAUCUGAAACCUGAGGGGCUCAUUGGUUACCAGAUGUGAAAUAUGUGGCAUUAUUUUCAGCUCUCCUGCCCCACUACUGAUCCCUUCUUCCAAGUCAUUCUCCAACCCUUCUUUCCGGUGCUGCCCACUCAUCAGAAUUCAGCUAGUCCCUGACAUGUAAAUAAUAAUAAUAAUAAUAAUAAUAAUAAUAAUAAUAAUAAUAAUUUAUUUAUAUCCCACCCUCCCCAGCCGAAACCGGGCUCAGAGCGGCUAACAACAGUAAAAGUAACACAGUUUACAUAAAAUCACAAUCAAUUAAUUGAAAUACAUUCUAAAAUCAAUUCAUUCUAAAAUCAAUUCCGAGUCAAAUUAAUGGCAACCGUUGGGCUAGAGUUCUGUGAGGAUUACAGAAGGAGAGAGGUGGUCAGACUGUGCCUUGGCCAAAGGUCUGGUGGAACAGCUCUGUCUUGCAGGCCCUGCGGAAAGAUGUCAAGUCCCGCAGAGCCCUAGAUAUUCACUCACCCCUUCUUACAUAGCAGGGGGCACCAUUUUGUGGUUCACCUCAGGUGCCAAAACAUAUUGAGCUGGCUCUGCCAAGAAGAGUGGCUUCCUUAAAAGCCAUUAGUUAGUUAGUUAGUUAGUUAGUUAGCUAUGAGCAUGACUCAUAGUGUGCCACAAGUAAAGGGAGCAAAGUAUACUACUACACAUCUUGACAUUUCACCAGCAACUGCCGUGUACAACCUAGAAUGCCUCUCUCCUCAGUACUUUUCACUUCUCUCCCCCCUGCCCCAGGAGUGAGAAGCUGAGGUGGAUUUCUGCGCUUAUGCCCCAGCAAGCUGAACCUGACCUUUUGGAUGACCCUGGUAAGAUUGCUCAAGACAUAGACUGCAAAGGGCUAGCUCACAUAAUACGGUUAUUACGUAUACAGUGGUACCUCGGGUUACAGACUCUUCAGGUUACAGACUCCACUAACCCAGAAAUAGUACCACAGGUUAAGAACUUUGCUUCAGGAUGAGAACAGAAAUUGUGCAGCAGCGGCGCAGCGGCAGCGGGAGGCCCCAUUAGCUAAAGUGGUGCUUCAGGUUAAGAACAGUUUCAGGUCAAGAACAGACCUCCGGAACGAAUUAAGUUCUUAACCCGAGGUACCACUGUAUACAAUAGCAAGCAAAUACCGACAGUAUCAACAAUCAGAUGCUUACUCAAAGCAUUUCUUUCUUUCUCAGAUGUUUCUAGAAGUGUGACUCCAACUCUUAUAUUUAUUCAUGAUUAAUUUUACACUGAGUUUUCAUUGUUUAAUAUUUUAUUGUGCUUUUCGUACUGCCUACCACUUGGCUAUACCAUGUCAAAUGGUAUAUACAGUGGUACCUCGGGUUACAGACGCUUCAGGUUACAGACUCCGCUAACCCAGAAAUAGUGCUUCAGGUUAAGAACUUUGCUUCAGGAUGAGAACAGAAACUGUGCAGCAGCGGCGCGGCAGCAGCAGCAGGAGGCCCCAUUAGCUAAAGUGGUUCUUCAGGUUAAGAACAGUUUCAGGUUAAGAACGGACCUCCGGAACAAAUGAAGUACUUAACCCGAGGUACCACUGUAAAUCUGUUAAGUAAAAUACAGUACAACAUUGAUCGUGGGCACUUAUUACUACUGCAGGUUCUUUAUUAACACUGCAGCGGCACAAACUAUAUAUUUAUUUUUUUUAAAAUGUCCAGUAGCACCUUAGAGACCAACUAAGUUUGUUCUUGGUAUAAGCUUCCAUGUGCAUGCACACUUCUUCAGAUACACUGAAACAGAAGUCACCAGACCCUUAUAUAUUGUGGGAGGGUGGGGUGGGGUUUUUCCAGUAGGGUAGUAGAAGAUGGGUGGUUGACUCUAUUUCUUUGUGCCCGUCACAUUACUUUACAUAUGAAGAACUAAAACCAGAAAUGUGUGCGUUCCUUCAAUCAAGGAUGGGAAUUCUUACUGGAUAUGCAGUUAAACUAAGCUGAGACUCAGUUUACAUUGCACACACAAAUCUCAAAAUUGAAGAACCAGGAAUGGUACAGAAAGUUUUAUUCAAAAUAAAAAAGAGAUGUGUGUACAUUUGCCCAAGCUAUACUGAUGAAUUCAGUACUUUAUUUUUUUCAAGUACAUUUUAGGUUUCUUUGCUUGCUUGUUUUGAAAAAGAACAACCCGACACAUUUGAAUGGUUAACAACAACAAGACACCUGGUAACUGACAAUCACGAUAUUCUUUCUCUCCAAGCUCUCUUAGACAAACUUCAGGUUCAGUGUGUGAGGUCAUACAAAGCCCGAGAGAAUGAUGAACUGGCGCUGGAGAAAGCAGAUAUAAUUAUGGUCCUUCAGCAAAGUAGCGACGGUAAGUGGAUUUGGCAAUGUUGUGGCAAGGUGCUGUGAGGGGCAGGAAAGAGACUGGGCAGUUGGGAGGUGAAAAUGUCAUGGGGUGACUACGACCUGGAAGGUGGUUUCCUUUGGAACUAGGAAAUGGCUUACAUCGUUGAAAAAUUAAAAAUGGAAAAUACUGCUUUCCUUGUGUCUAAGCUGUUUUUCACCCAGCAGUGCAAAAGCCUGUGCUGACAUGGCAGCUCCCCCCACCCCCGGUCCACCUCACGUGGGAAAGCAGGGAUAGAAUUUGGCAUCAGGGAAACAGCCUGUGGGGAAAGGGUUAAACACCCUUCCUGUCACUGCUGCAAUCAAAUGAGAGCCUUCCAUGUAUUAAAAGUAAUACUGGACACAGGAGAAGUGUCAUCCAUCCAUUGAGUAGCAUAUCCAGGUAUUACUUCAUUUGAUAGCACGUGAAAUCUCCCCAUAGAUGGUGUUUUGCUCCUUUUUCAGACAAGAAUAGAUAAGAGACAGAGAAUGGGAGCUUUCUUCUGAACUGCCCUGGUCCACACACACUGCAUGAAGACAGAGAGUGGUAACUUAUCACUGUUCACACAUAAGCACUUGCCAGCCUUAUGUUUGGUCCUGCCAUGAACUUGACCACACUUUCUCAGAAAACUGAGAAGCAAAGGAGUACAGUCGUACCUCAUGUUGCGUAACCUCUAAGUUACAGAAUCUUCGGGUUACAGCUGCGGCAAACCUGGAAGUGGGUUUGCCGCUCGCGUAUGCGCAGAAGCGUUUUGUGGCACCACGCGCGUGCGCAGAAGCGGUCCUCCAGUUACGGACUUUUCAGGAUAUGGCCAGGCCUCCAGAACGGAUCCUGUUUGUAACUGGAGGUACCACUGUAUUCAAUUUCACCCAGUACUUGUUAGGGUGGUAAAGAUGACCAGCUAAAACACACUUAACUGUUCAGUGUAUAUCAUGUAUUAUAGAUUUUUAUUCUUGUCCCUACGGAGCUUAACAAUGUGCCUUUUUGAUGGUGAGAAAGACCACAGAGAAAGCAGGAGAGGACAAACAAUCGAGGGUGGCAAGUGAUUAAAUGUGAACAAAUGCCAGUAACAGAUAUGCAACCCAGUCUUCUGUUUGUUUUGGAACUAAGCUCCACUUAGUAUAACAACCUUAGAUUGGUUAGAGUUGGAGAUGAGGAUUCAGAGGUCUGCACUCAUCAGAAAUCUGGCUAAGGCAGGAAAUUCUUAAAAUUUCACAUUGGCCCCUCAGAGGAUGGUGCAGUCAGUCACUUCUGAGACCUAAACUACACCAGAAUAAGCUCUCUCACUCUGGGGCGAUCUCAUUUUACCAAGAGUUAAGGACUUGCUGCACAUUAGGUACAAAUGUGGUUAUAUCACCCAGAUGGCUAGCCUACCAGGGUAACUUGUAGACCAGGCUUCCUCAACCUCAGCUUUCCAGAUGUUUUUGGCCUACAACUCCCAUGAUCCCUAGCUAGCAGGAGCAGUGGUCAGGGAUGAUGGGAACUGUAGUCUCAAAACAUCUGGAGGGCCAAAGUUGAGGAAGUCUGUUGUAGACUGUAACAACUCCCUAAAUGGUUCUCUGAAUGUUUCACCCUUCGUGUCUGCUCCCUCUGCAGGGUGGUUUGAAGGAGUGAAACUCUCUGAUGGGGAAAGAGGCUGGUUCCCUUCCGAUCACGUGGAAAUAAUCUCCAGCAAGCAAGCUCGCCAGAUGAAUCUGAAGGAGGAACAGCGUGUCAAGUAUGCAAAACAACAAGUCUUUCAUAAGAGAUAGGGUCCUGCUUUCCCCAAAGACAAACACUUAAAGCUCGUCUCCAUUGUGGCUCCUUAACCCAACAGUAAUUGCUGUAUUUGGUUUUCUGGAAGAGAAACCUCCUUUGACGCCAUCAACAAAUGUUUAACCAAUACAGGACACAGUACGUACCAAAGAAAUGAAAACUGACUUGGUGGAAAGAUUAUCUUCCUGUGCAUCACCAGAGGAGGAAAAAGAGAAGAAAAAACCUGCAUUAGCUUUGGCUUGAUGGUUUCAAAUAAGAAAUACAGUUGGAAACUGGAUAUUAGGACUUCUGGGAACCAGUUAUUGACACUGCCGUUGUUCCAAUGCAUGAACUCCUCGCUUGGGGCCUUUGCUUCAGCUUCUGCUCUGCCAAAUGAGGCUAUGACUUACCUCACAGAAAGGUGUGAAGCUAAUAAUGUUCCCAAAUGCUUUGAAGCCUUCCCAAAAAGAAGAUGCUAGAGAAAAGCAAUAUAUAUAUUUUAUAUGUAUUGUCAUGGAAAUUGGCUUUUCUGUUUGAAAUACUUCAUUUAUUUUAAUUGCCACGUACUUCUUACCAAAUAAGAUAUGAUACAUAUAUAUGAAUGAAAGGGAGCCAGAUUCCCCUGAACUCUGCUUUACAAAAAAGUUUGCCAGCU